CAGAGGAACAGCCCAGAGCUCCAGCACAGGAGAGACAGAGCUCACCUACAGCACAGAGCUCCAGGAGAGACAGAGCUCACCUACAGCACAGAGCUCCAGGAGAGACAGAGCUCACCCACAGCACAGAGCUCCAGGAAAGACAGAGCUCACCUACAGCCCAGAGCUCACCUAUAGCCCAGAGCUCCAGCACAGAGGAGGGAGAGCUCACCUACAGCCCAGAGCUCCAGCUGACCGGAGAAACCAGCCCAUGAAAGGAGGUUCCUAGAUCCGGAGACAUCGAAAGAGGAAAAAGGAUAAGUUACUCAGAAAAAAUCCACCAGACCAUUGAAAGGAGGAAUGAAACUCGCGGACUGCCUGACUUGAAAGAGUUGGGAGUUUUUAGGACACACAGAAUUGGUCCCCGUAUAAGGAACUUUGCCCAGUCCACUCUUCCAGACUGCUUUUAAACAUUCCAUCCUGACUGUCAUUGUGACUGAUUCUAAACAGGAUUACCCUUCCCAUGAAUAUUUGUUUUAGGAUGGUGUGUAUAUUGCACUAUUUAUUUUAAGAAGUCAUAGAUACACAAAGGAAGAUUCGGCUAAUAUUUCUGAUAAUGCACUUCCUAUGAUGUACAUGAAUGAACUACAUUUGAGUGCACACAGAGUUUGAAUUAUAUUGUGAUUCUUGCUUUGGACUGACUGUCCCAUGAAAAAGGUUGCCUGUGCCUUUAAAUUCAAUGACUGAAUAGACUGUCACGGUAACUCUGUGGGAAGAAGGUGAGUCAGCCCAAUUUCCGCCUGGAGAGUCACAUCGGUAACACCAAAAGGGUCACACUGUCACCUACCAGCCUCUGGGACUUGGCUGUCGUCGCCUUUACAACUGGCCAUUGAGAAACAGCAGCUGGGAGACAGGAACAUGCUGCUUUCUUCUGCAGGGGAUAUCAUGCUGCUGAUCUUAGGUAUGUCAGGUCACCUUACUUAGUGAACCUCUCUUGUGUAACUCCCUCUCAUUAAAUCCUAAUCAAUUCACUACCACUGCAAACGUACACCCCUCUUCAUUAAAAAUAAAAAUAAUUAUCAGUCGUUUCCCUAUCCUAGAUUAUAUGGUGUCAGGAUUCUUGACCUCAAUACUGAAAAUAUUAUGGGACCACACUGUGGUUUAACCCCUUUAGUGCUGCAUUAAUUAUAAAAGACAGUCUUUAAGAUACAAAAAAAAAUCUUUUUUUCUAUUAAACAUUUAAUGGGUGACUAUAUAUUUCAAACUAUUGAAAAGGUAAAAAUAGUAAUAAUAAUAAAGAAUGUCCCUGGUAAUCUGCAUCAUUGUCCAAUCAGAUACUGAUUCAUUUAAAUACAUUUUACUGUGAUACCUGUGCUAUGCCAAUAAAUCGAGUUACAAUCCAAGAUAAGUAAUUAAUACAGCUGGCAAUGAAAGGGUUAAACACAUUUAUGCCACUUUCUUUCUUGGAUUUUCUUUCUUGUUUGAGCAGCAACAUCUUUUACUCUAAUGCUCUUUCUGUGUGACUGGGUAUUAUUAACACCUCUGUGUCUAUGUAAACAAGACAUUCCCCUCAAUAUGUUCGGGUUUUUUUUUUUUGCCUCUGGACUGACAUUCCUUGACAAAACAUAAUGCAGCCUCAGGUAAAACUCUAAUCCAUAGGCUCUAGACACCCUCAGUAAGUGUGUUUUGUAUUGACUGUAUUUGUUUAGCAACUUUUGAAAGACUGACAUAAAUUUAUAUACUAUGGAGAAAACAAAACAGUGGGUCAAAAUCACUGUUUCAUUACUAUUUCUGGGGGUUUCAGAUGUAUGAAAGGGGGGAGAGAGAGAGAGAGAGCGAGCGCAUAUAUAUAUAUAUAUAUAUAUAUAUAUAUAUAUAUAUAUAUAUAUAUAUAUAUAUCUUCACUAAAUUUUGAACUUGUAUCAAACCGCAAUCUGGCAGAUUUUAAGGCUAAAGUAGUCAAGUUGUGAUUUAUAAAAAUAUAUAUUUUUGCCUUCUUUUCUGAAGUUUACCUACUUUUUACAACCCUUACUUUAAUUUACCACAGUUUAGUGACUGACCCCUAAAGGUUUUUUGUGCACUCUUGAUGCACAAGACUGUUAAGAACUUGAAUACUUUUUAAGUUUCUCUAUAUGCAGGUUUUCCACUCCUUUUGUGAAUGCCUCCUACCUGUUGAUAUCCCUUCCUGGAUUGAGUCAGUGUGCAGGUUUAUUAGGCCGUACGUUGUAACUAAACUGAUGGUGCAGUUCGGAUUUAAGAUUAAAACCAUAAUCAUGGCAAAUAAUACUUUUCACCCGGUGCCUCAUUUUCCAUGGUGCUAUAUUGGAGUCCAUUGUUAAAACCCGGUUCAAUUAGUGCAAAUCUGGGGUGACAGUUGUUUGGUUUCUAUCCAACCUCUAAAAUCUCAGGAGUGAGCUUGGGUUUCAAUGAAACACUCCGUAUUCAGAUACGAGGCAUCUACAGAACAAGAAAUUCUUAAUACUCUAAAUAUAAAUAGUGUCAUACCACACUAUCCAAGGAACAUUAUAGUGACUUGAUAUGGAUGUAGCCUAAGCGUCUGGUAAGAUAAGAACUGUGAAUUUAGUUAUACUGUAUAUAUCUGUAUGUGUCAAUCAUCUCUGUGAUGUGAAAUCAGCUUUAUUUAUACACUGUAGAAUUUUAAAUAUUCUGAUAUAUUUAAUGGUUUAUUAUUAUUAUUAUUAUUAUUAUUUUUUAAUCCUUCUGUUAUCUGCCCUCUACGCUUUCCUGCUCUGGCCCUCCUCCCCCUAUCUAAAACACUACAGGAAAACGUGGUGGGCAGAUAAGAGGAAAAAGUUAAUUUAUUUUUAUGUCACCCUUCCCAGGAUUUAAUGGAUUUUGUAAAUCAAUAUAGAUCCUGAACAUUUUGUUACGCAAAUUAAGGAAUGGCAGUCCACUCAUAUUGUUCUAUUGUCUGAUGGUAUCAUAAUGAGAAAAAUAAAAAAACAUUGGCAGGCAUAUUUCGGAGUUUUUUUCUUUCUUAUUCUCAAUGAUCUCAACUUAAGUUUUGCUGAUCAAUUGUCCUUUCGCCACCACUCCUUAAAUGUAGACCCCCCACUGUCAGGCCACAUUGUUGCUUUUUAUAAGCCUUCUGUAGUGCCAUGGUUUUACUUUAUUAGAAUGAUUUGAUUUAUCUACCAUUUGAUUCUGAAAAUGCAUAGCCAGAAUUUUCUUGUGUUUAAAUCACAGAAAGGCUGUAAGUAGGUGAUGGCUGUUGACUAUCAAACCGGCACCUCAGACUCCAACUCCCAGGUGUUACUGGACUAGAACUCCCAUGAUUCUCUUGCCAUCUUUUGCUUUUUAAUUGAAUUCUAAGAGUUGUAGACCAUUAAUAUCUUGGGGAAUGAUUAAGAAAGAUCCCUGUUACUUAUCUCUAAAGUUUUGGAAUUGUAAAUGUAUUGGUGUAGAAACCCCCCAAAAUCCGGGUUGGGGGGGCAGCUUUUCAUAAUAAUCCCAGUCCCAUUAUAAUAUUAAAUGCUACCCCAAAUUUUCUGGGGAGAUUUUUUUUUCAUCACCCCAACACCUGGUUCCAACACUCAUGUGUACGUGAUACGUGAGGAGGGUGUGGAAGGGCACAGCGCUAGGUGCCUAGACCAAAACACUACCUGAUUAUUGUGUGUAUAACAAAACCGUUUGAACAGAGACCCUCACUCCUAUUUAAAAGAACAAAUUUAUUUUUCACAGCAGAUUGAAAUCAAGCACAUUCACUACCUCGGUUAACUUUACACUCUUUCCAGGAUUUUGUUAAAUAUGGCCCUUGGCCACAUCUAUUGGAAGACUAACAUCACAAUUUGGCCCUAACCUCGUCCCAUAACAUAUGUCCUAGUUCUAUAUUGUAGCUGACCAGCUUCUAUGAAAACCCUUUCCCUGUAUUUUGUUUUGUCGUAACCCCCAUUACUUCAGUAACAUUGCCCUAUAGUUCCUCCCUGUAAUGGCUUGUUAAGAGUGCCCUGUAGCUCAUCUUUAUACAGCUUUAGCAAGAGUGCCCUAUAGCUUCUAAUCAUACCACUUCAGCAAGAGUGCCCUAUGGCUCCUAAUCAUACUUCUUCAGCAAGAGUGCCCUAUGGCUCCUAAUCAUACUUCUUCAGCAAGAGUGCCCUAUGGCUCCUAAUCAUACCACUUCAGUAACAGUGUCCUAUAGCGCUUAAUCAUACCACUUCAGUAACAGUGUCCUAUAGCGCCUAAUCAUACUACUUCAGCAAGAGUGCCCUAUAGCUCCUAAUCAUACUACUUCAGCCAAGAGUGCCCUAUAGCUCCUAAUCAUACUACUUCGGCAAGAGUGCCCUGUGGCUCCUAAUCAUACCACUUCAGCAAGAGUGUCCUAUAGCGCCUAAUCAUACUACUUCAGCAAGAGUCCCCUAUAGCGCCUAAUUAUACCACUUCAGCAAGAGUGCCCUGUGGCUCCUAAUCAUACUACUUCAGCAAGAGUGCCCUAUAGCUCCUAAUCAUACUACUUCGGCAAGAGUGCCCUGUGGCUCCUAAUCAUACCACUUCGGCAAGAGUGCCCUGUGGCUCCUAAUCAUACCACUUCGGCAAGAGUGCCCUGUGGCUCCUAAUCAUACCACUUCGGCAAGAGUGCCCUGUGGCUCCUAAUCAUACCACUUCAGCAAGAGUACCCUGUGGCUCCUUAUCAUACUACUUCAGUAACAGUGCCCUAUCUCCUGCAUUCUCUCAUCCCACAUAUGGGAAUUGUUGGAUACAUGUAUCUUCUGCUAAUAUUAUGUGCAUGUUCCACAGCAGGUAUAAGAGUUAGGGGGCUUGGGUUCCCUUUCCUUAGAUAACUGAUUCUGUGUAUUAGUGCCAGCACUUGGACACAGCACAAUAAAUGUAUAUUCUUGCUCCCAUUUCUGUGACUCACACAAAGGAGGAUGACACAAAAGGUGCGGCUCUGUCUGUUUUGUUUGUUUUUUAAUUUGGCGAUAUUAAAAAUGGCACAAUCAUUCUGGACAGAACCUCAUUAACGCUUGCAGUCCUGCAACAAUGCAUGACCUGAGAAAGAAACCAGUUGUACUUCAAGUGAGAAAAAAAAUAGAACAAGAACCACUUGCACUUUGCAUGCAUUUAUCAUCUUGUUCAUUAUUUCAUUUUUUUACAUUUAAGUAAAUGGGAGUUUGGGUCAGGGCCGGUGCAAGGAUUUUUGCCGCCCUAGGCAAAAGUAAAGUUUGCCGCCCCCCAUGUGACAUCACAAUGCCCCACCCAUAUGAUCUGCCUUGUUAACUAAUGCCAGUGCCUCCGUGUUUACAUUAAAAGGCCUGCAGGGACAGGCUACAGACAACAGAACCACUACAUUAAGCUGCAGUGGUUCUGGGGACUAUAGUGUUUCUUUAACCCCUUAAGGACACAUGAUGGAAAUAUUCCGUCAUGAUUCCCUUUUAUUCCAGAAGUUGUGUCCUUAAGGGGUUAAUGUGAGGUAAAUUAGAGCUUAGUGCCACGAAUAAUAUGCUAGAUUGCCUACUUACAACCAGAUGAGGAUGAUGAUGGGCUCUAGCUGCAGUCUGGCUCCACUGGUCUGGUGUAGAACAGGCUCUCUGGAGGUGGUUUGUAACUGUGGCCACAAAAAUCAACAAAGAAUGUUCUGGGAGAACGGGAAGCAGCUCAAUUUUUUGGGGGCCCUUUACACAGAUCAAGGUCUGGGUCCCAGGGUCCACCUUCAUGUUAUUUAUUUAUUUAUUUAUUUAUUUAUUUAUAAAUAAAAUAUUUUACCAGGAAAGAUACAUUGAGAUUUCUCUCGUUUUCAAGUAUGUCCUGGUUCCACCAAUGAGUUUGUUCACAGGGGGUGGAGUGUGUAGGGGAUGUCCUGAUAUGUGUGUAAGGAAUGCAUUGUGUGAAUCUGUGUUUGUAUGUGUAAGGGCUGCAAGGUGUGUUUCUGUGUAUGUACGGGAUGCAGUGUGUGCGUCUGGAAGGGGUGCAUUGAGUGUGUGUAAGGAAUGCAUUGUGUGUUUCUGUGUGUGUAAGGAAUGCAUUGUGUAUAAGGGUUGCAUUGCUUGCGUGUCUGUGUGUGUAAUGCAUUGUGUGUUUUUCUGUGUGCAAGGGGUGCAUUGUCUUUGUGUGUAAGGGGUGCAUUGUGUGUGAUUGUGUGAUGGAUGUCAAUCUCUCCCCCCUCCCUUGUCACUCUCUUCUCCCCCCUUUCCCUCCCUUGUCACUCUCUUCUCCCCCCUUUCCCUCCCUUGUCCCUCUCUUCUCCCCCUCCCUUGUCCCUCUCUUCUCCCCCUCCCUUGUCCCUCUCUUCUCCCCCUCCUUGUCCCUCUCUUCUCCCCCCUCCCACUUGUCCUCUCUUCUCCCUCCCGCCUUGUCCCUCCUCUUCUCCCCUCUCCUUGUCCCUCUCUUCUCCCCUCUCCUUGUCCCUCUCUUCUCCCCUCCCUUGUCCCUCUCUUCUCCCUCUCCUUGUCCCUCUCUUCUCCCUCUCCUUGUCCCUCUCUUCUCCCUCUCCCUUGUCCCUCCUCUUCUCCCUCUCCUUGUCCCUCUUGCCUCCCCCUCCCUUGUCACUCUCUCCUUCCAUCCCCACACUCAUUCCCCCUCCCUCCCCUGUCACUCUCACCUCCCUGUCAAUUUCUUUCUCUCCCCCUUCAAUUCCCCUCCAUGUCAAUUUCUUUCUCCCCCCUCCCCUACCUCUGUUGUAGCGUGGCCGAGCUCUGUAUCUCUACAGAGAGCUCGGGCGGCUGCAGCAUGAGGGGGGCCGGCGCUCCUGGCGGCGCCCCUUCCUAAGGUACGCCCUUAGCGGCUGCCUAGUCCGCCUAACGGGUAGCGCCAGCCUUGGUUUGGGUAUAGACUUGGAUAGUCUAGUCACAUCCAUGGUGAUGACAUCAACACUGAGAUUUGCUGCAGAAGAAUGCCUUCCGUAGGAAUUUUUUUUUCUUUUUAAUAGUCUAACUAGUAGGUGUCUUAUCUUAGCAGUCUUUAUGCUUGGAAAAACACACUUACUAUAGUCCAAUUUUACAAGUGGAUUUUGAAAUAUUUCAAAAGUAUUCUUUAAAGUAAGAUUGCUAUUUUCCAACGUUAUAUGUGACUAAAACUUUUAAUCAUCCACAAUCUCUUUAACACAUCUGAGGAUAGUGGAGAUUAUGGCUCACUAACAGAUGGAAGGUCGCAAUUUAUUAUUAUUAUUAUUAUUAUUAUUGCCAUUUAUAUAGCGCCAACGGAUUCCGUAGCGCUGCAGUACAGGUUUGUUCCUGACAACUAAAUUCAUUUUUCUUUUUAAAUGAAAGAUUAAUUAUUACCAAAGCUAAACUUAAAAGUGUGUGAUUUCUUUUUUUUUUUUUUUCUUGUGGUCUCCAAACCCACACAGUGAUGUAAUCAUUCCUCUCAAUUUCUUUAGAGACGGAACUUAUAAUGAGAGUCUGUGUGGUUAACAAGGGAAGCCUAAUGUUGCGCUGUGCUUCCCUCGCAUAGGAAAGAUAGGUGACACCUCUGAGUACGCAGGGCACUUUAUGGAAUUAAAGAGAUAGUAACAGGUCAUUCGUAGAAACAUUGACACAGUUGUGCUUUGUUUGUAUUGUUUUUGAUGGCUUAAUUAAAAAAUACAUAGAAAUGUACUUUAUGUACAUAUUCGUCAAAGUGAAAACCAUUCGUUCAGCUGUAUUUUUGUUCUAUAAAUAGCAACAUUUUAGGAUAGUUAUAGUUUUCAGUGCAUAUCUAUUUCUCUGGCACCCUACCCUUGCUUGAACAAACUGUUGCAUCCAAUGUUGGUUCCCAAAUACUGUAGUUUCUUUGAGAGUUGGAACCAGUAAAACAUACUCAACAAAUUGCUUUACAAUGUACAGACAGCAGCAUAGGAAUCACAGCUGGUCUAGAUGGACUAUGUGUCUCUGUGUAUCUUUAGAAUGCGAGCAGACCAUGUUUAUGGAUAACUGGUAAUAAUUGAUGUAUAUGUCCAAAGGUCAGUGGCAUAUAAGGGUUAACUAGAGGAUGACUCCAGGAUUUUAUAGGAAAGAGCUUAAGGUUUCUGACAUCCACGCAGAGCAGGCUGGGUUUUACAAGAGGUGUCCAUUAAAAUGUAAGAGGGCCAAUAACAUGGGGUGGAGGGUGAUGUGUGAGUGAGGUUACAGCGGUACUGUAAAAUGAAGAGGGGUGGCCCUCAUAUAGACAAUGGAUUUGUUAACAGUGACCUGUUUAUAGGUUGCAGAUUACUGGAAACUGUAAAAAAAAAAACAAAAAAAAAAAACUCUUAUUUUUAAAAAUCUCUGCUUGAGUAUAUAAAUGUUUGUAUACUGAUGACUGUUGACAGUUAGUUCAUGGGACUUUGUUUUAUAUAGAGCAACAAGUAAAUACAAAAUAAUCUGUUAUAAAUCCAAGUGUGUGUGUGUGUGUGUGUGUGUGUGUGUGUGUGUGUGUAUAUAUAUAUAUAUAUAUAUAUAUAUAUAUAUAUAUAUAUAUAUAUAUAUAAUGUAUGUAUAUAUAAUUCAGAGUAGAAUUUGAAGUCAAUUACCUUUUUUUAAUUAAUAAACCAAUUUCAGUUAUACUGCAUAUAAUGAAUGCUUAACGUGUAUGUUUGAUUAGGUACAGAAGAUGACAUCUUUUAAAUUAGCUCCAUUUGCCACCUCGUAACAUCAGGCUCUUUCAAUUGCAUUGUUUAUAGCAUUAGUUAAUGUUUGAGGCUCUAGCACUUGAAUUUCUGCACAGAUAUUCUCCUUGAGAUGCUCAACUGUACGCGGUCUACUCAUGUACACCUGCUCCUUCAGAUAUCCCCACAGGAAGUCAUCGGGAGCUGAGAGGUUGGGCAACAUGGCGGCCAAUUAAUCAGGGAAUUUCUUGAAAUUUUCACUUGUUGGACAGUUGUCUCAGUUUUUAAAAUAAAAUUAGACUAUAUUUUUAUUUUUUCCUUCAUGAAAUUACCAUGAUAAAUCUCCCAAGACUCAGUUAUAAUAUGUACCUGCAAAAACAACAAAAAAAUUAAAUAAAUAAGUUAUUUACCUGUUCAAUCCUACUGUGAAUUUUGGCCCACCCUGUAUUUCUCGUCCGCAAUCUGCCACUAAUUGGGGAGUAGAAUGAUGUGGUGGAAGGUUUCCAUUGAGCUGAUACGGAACUAUGAAAGUGAGUGAACAGCGCAAAAUAUAUUAUUCACAACAGGUAUUCAGUCAAAAGAAAAGACCACAAGAGAAUUUAGCUCAAGCUGUGCAAUAUGUUCCAAAUAGUAGAAGCUGGAUGUUUCAUAUUGGCAGCCGUAGUCUUUUCUCUUUAAAGCAGUGACACAAGUAGGGUUUUUUUACGAACGGUUUAAAUAGGUGGCUUGAAUAAAAAAGAAAUAUCAAUAUAUAUAUAUGAAGCCAGAUCUAUUAAACAUCUCAUGCAUUCCCUACCCCACAUAUACAUGACACCCACUCUGUGAUCAUCCUGUGACUAAUAGUUUUGUACAGAGAUCUUAUUUUUAUCAAUUUCAACUUGUUUAUUCAUAAGCCCCAUGCUGCUUUAAGAUAAGCAAUCCUGUAACAAUAUUUUAUAAGUGAAGCAGUCACAUGGGAUAUUCCACUGACUACCAGCACGCGUGGGAGAAAAGGUGAGUUUGAAUACCUUAUUUUUCCACAGAUGGGCAGCCGGACACCUAAAUAGAGAGGCGUAACUAGAAGCCUCCACCAGGCCCCGGUGCGACAAUCCCUCAAUGUGCCUCAUUACCUCCUCCCCAGCCCAUCCAUCUCUUUCCCUCCCCCAAGCCUCUUCAUUUGUCUCAUUCCCUUCCCAUGUGUCUGAUACCCUCCCUCUGUGUCUCAUCCCCCCCCUCCCCCAGCCCCUCAAUGUGUCUCAUUUCCUCCCCACUUGGUCUCGCUAAACGCAGGUCUGGAGGGGAGCAGUACAGCCCAUCGCUCCCCCCCUGCCGGGACUGCAAGCCCCAGGCCAGUGCGGCAGUGCACCAGCCCUGAAAGUAUGCAGGUGGCCCACGGUCACAGUGGUUGCAGAGGCGGCCAGGCCCCCUGGAGUGACAAGCAAGGUCGCCACUUUGACCCCUGCAGCCGUGGUUGUUAUGCCACUGCCUAAAUAGCCAUUUUAACACUAGUGUUAGUAAUAUGUUUGCAUUCCUGAUGAAAUAUUAUUUAUUUAAGAACUGCAUCCAGAAAUCCUAUUUAUAUUUUCUACACACAGAUAAGUUAAUGGAACACUUUAGUGUUAGGAAUACAAAGAUGUAUUCCAGAUCCCUGCUAACGUUGUAAAGGGUUAAAUAGCACUUUAUUCACAUACCUGAUUCCACACAUUCUAUUGUGGUACACCUAACGCACAUAGGCGACGAGUGUCGUAUGCACAUUAGGCCAUCCCCAUUGCCUUAAUGCUUUCCUAUGGGGUUUUCUCUGACACUGGAUGUCCUCAUGCUCCAUUUCACGGAGUCAAACUCCUCUAGUGACUGUAUAAUAAAUGAGCAUAUUUAUUGUUGAACAUAUAUAAUAGCUGAUCAUAUAACUCAACCUGUAAGCUUGUAGAGCAGUGAUGAGCUAACUUCUUUAGGUGUUGGCAUAGAUAUCUAUUGACUAAACUGAUAGAUGUUUAUCAAUAUUUCUGAAGCCAGCAUUCUAUUGGAAUGCUGGCACGCUAGUUUUAGAUUCAUCCAGUUUGUCUCCCAUCGGCAGCAUAUAGUUCUAGUUUGAAGGAAUGAUAUUCAAAUACAAACUUUUUAUUUCCUCUAUAGAUGUGCCGUGUAUUUAAAGGACUCUAUAGUCAUCAGAACAACUACAGCUUAAUGUAGUUGUUCUGGUGAGUAUAUUCAUUUAGGUAUCUAGAUGUAAACACGGACUUUGCAGAGAAAAAGCAGUGUUUACAUUGCUCCCCUAGGGAUACCUCCAGUAGCCACUGCUGCACUGUCACAGCGACACCAAGGACUUUGAAGCUCCCUUCUUUAGGGCUCCAAUAAGCAAUUCUCAGAGACCAGAACUUACCCAUAAAUCAGCUGGAACGCUAAAUCGGAUCAGAGAAUGGUUGCAUCCACAUUAAACUUUAACCUGUGAUUACUCGGGCAAGACCUCUCUGAUACAAGCGCUUUUCACACUGUGUGUACCCCUUGAUCAGAGCUAUGCGGUGAUGUAAGACACUUGGCGUUAACUGUAGGGGUAUUCAUAGUUUUGGGGUUAUUAUUGUUGGGCGCCCUGGUGUCUGGUAGUUAAUAAAGUUAUCUUGUCCGGAGUUAUGUCCCAGACGCCAAGGUGCCAGAUUGUGCAAUACAUUGUUUUUGAAUGACCCCCGUGUGUUUUACGAUAAAGAUAGCCCUUUUUUUUCCCUUCAUCAAGGUCUUAGUGGGAAAGACCUCUAGGGAAGCUAUUUUGUCCUUAUUCAGUUAAGUACAUUUUAUUCAUAUAUGUGAUAAAUGAAUUAUUUCUUUUUGUUCCCCUUCAUCAAGCCUUGGCUGAUGUUUGGGAUGAGCUCUAAUCACUUUGGUUACUCUGUCCCAGAAGAGAAGGGAUGCAUGGCGGAGAUACUCAUCCUGAUUAUAGGAAGGCUGUCAUAGUCGGGUGUCUAUUUUAAAGGCCAUCUCUUUGCUGUAACAACUUUAACCUUUCCAGACUUCCACUGUGCUGUCUGUUUUUUCUGCUUUCACCAAACCGCAUCUAAUACCAUGGGGAAAAUUGCAAAAGAAAAUAAAUAAAACUUAAACGUAUAAUUUACCCAUUAUAGGCUCGUGCAGCCAUACAAUUAGCCAUACAACACCUGACCAUAGUAGAGUGAUGACCCAUCUGACAGCACAAGGUUUAACAAACACAUGUUUAGUUAUUAACAUUGCUAGUGGGUGAUGACAUUUUAUUUGUGUAUGCAUGCACUUAUUACCCUGCAUUCCUGUGACAGAAAGCUAUGAACCACUUACAGGUCUCUCUUGCUAUCCAGCACGUGUCUGACAGGAGGGGAGGAGGGAGAAUCUGAUAUAGAGACAACGCCCCUCUUUGGGAAUGAGAGCAUGAGAUGGUGUGUGCCGGUUUGAGUCACCAGGGUGGGCGUGAGCUGUCUAGAUUCAGAAAAAUUCCACCUUCAGGCUCCACACCUCAGAGCACAUUAGAAUAGGUGCUCAUAAAGUAUAGGUGACACCAUUAAGACCCAUAUACAGUAACCCCUACACACUAAUAGGUGUGCUGUACAUUAUGGUCCCUUAUAAAGGGUCAGUUCAUAGACUCUGAUGUUAUACAUUUGAAACAGACAUUUUUAGAAUUGUACUAUACAAAGUAAUUGACCGACUAGGAUUCCUCCUUCUAUUAAUGGACUAUUUAGCAUCUAUAAGUUCUGUAGUGCAGUGGGAGAAGUGGUAAGUUGUCCACAGGUCAAAUACUGUUCUAUGCUCCACAGGGCUGUAUUAAAAUGAAAUCCUCAAGGUAUGUUAAAUUUUUGCUUAAUAAUUGGGAUACAAGAAAUCUGCCACUAAAUUACAGUUACAUGAAACAAGAAAUGGUCUUGUAGAGCCUGAGGACAAUGGGAGAUAAACCAUAGCUGGAGGGAUACAGACUGUCCAAAUCAGAAUUGGUGACAGUCCUUAUUUUAGUGACCAUCCAGUUUUUAUACCUGCAAGCAGUGUAUGUCUCUAUAAAUAUCUGAAUUUUUAAACCCUAGCAGGUUUUUUUUUGUUUGUUUUUUUUGAGUUUUUUUUACAGUUAUAACUCAUUUAACAAAGGUAUCCAGUUAAAAUCCCUGUUUUUCAUUCUUACCAAUAACUAGAAUGACAAGUGUUGGGAGGAAGUAGCACUACAGGCCUUUUUUGGUUGACCUAUAAGUAGGAUAGGGAAAAGUAAGAGUUCUCAGGCAUUUCAAAGCAGUGUGGAUGUGUGUUGCUAGGUGGUCUAAUGGGGUGAGGGGAUGGGGAUCUCGGUGGCACAGUUCUUUGUUACAAUCAGAGGGCACUGUAACAAAAAAAAUACGGGUAAAGAAAAGAAACUUGUAGAGCAGAAUGAGAAGGCUCUUGAUUGGUGGCUUUGACGGCCGGCCCAGUUUUAGUAAAUUACAAAAUGUACCUUUUAUCAUUUAAAGUUUUUUUUUAUUUUAUUUUUUUUUUGUGUUAUCUAAGUGUUGCAUUCAAAAAUAGAAGUGUCACUUCCUACAUUGGAAAUGCAGUACAUUUAUCAUUUUACCUACAAUUUUAUUGCUUGGCUUUACUAUUUUUACACCAGAAAUUAUAAUCUCAAAUUUGGAUUAGCCCUUCUGAAUUUGAACAUUAUUCCUAAUUUACAACCUGUUAAUCUGAGUUGGAUUAUUCUCUUCCAUUUUAAAGUGGACUUCAGAUGCCUUAGAUAACCUUUAUUAGUGUUUUACAUCAGAAUUUAAAGUUGCACUCUAUGGAAGAAUCACAGUCCAAUUAUAAUAAAAUUAGUUUUCCUUGGAUCACUUAUUUGGUGUUAGAUUUUGUUUUGGGGUCAUUAUUAUUGAGGAUUUUUGUACUUUUUAAUGUCAUACAAUCUGAGAACUUUGUCUGACACCAGUUAUGAUCUCACAAUUAAUGCUAUGGAUCAACAUGCGAGAAUUGGUCUCUUAAUUACUACCUUGGAAGAUACAUCAGAACAGAGCAAUGGAAUGUUAUCUGUCGAACUUGUUAGACAGAUCAUUUUAUAAAUGCCAAUUACAAACAUGCACUCUCAGCACACCUGGAAACUACUCUGUACAGCUGACAUAAUUCUGGAUUUAAAGAAACAGUGACCUGGAGUUAAUCAACUCUUAAUUAGGUUGUUGGCCUGUUUUUUGGGGGGUUUUUUUAUAUUGCAAAAGGUGAAAUUAUAAUGGUCAUACACCUCUGGCUUUUCUAGCAGACAACAAAUCCUGUUACUUCCUGGUUUGGUUAGCUUAUUUGCACUGAACUCAAGAGGCAGCAGUUGCCAAGAGCACCUGCACCUGAAAAAACUUCUCAAUGAGUUUCACUUGGGAGUCUGUGAUUGGACAGCCAAAGACAGUCUGGGCGGAAUUAGAAGGGGAGGGCUUGCAAAGGCUGUAGACAGGAGAUCUUCAGGUUUUAAAAGCUGUUUUUAGAUUCAAAUUCUAAUACAAAAAUGCAUUUUUCAAUGCAUGCAUAUUUUCAUUUGGGGUAUAUCUAUACAACAAUGAGUUUUGUUUGUUUUGUAUUUGGGUAGUGGAGUGUCCCUUUAAGCAAUAUACUGCCUCAUAGCUCCCUUAAACUGUGUCAGUAUCUCCUAAGCACAAAGAAUACUGGCAAGGAUUCAGACAGGUGACUUAUUUAUUUUUACAAUAUAAAAAAAGUAUUUGGAAUUAUAUUAUUAUAUUAUUGUAGUAAAUAAAACUCUAAUAAUACAUCAAGAACAUGAAUAUACCUUGGUUAAUGAAUGAGUGCUCCCCCUAACCCUCUAAAUGUUCCCCUAAGAUAUGAAAAAUAUUAUUUUUGGUCUUUAUUCGCAACCUUUUUUUUGCUAGCGUCAAAAAUAAAUUGCUUUGAUUAAAGGAACAUUCCAGACACCAUAACCACUACAACACACUGUAUUGGUUAUAGUGCUUAGUGUGUACUUCUAAUUAUGUAUUUGGUACAAGCUUAGCAAAAACCCCUAAUCUUGGUCUUUUAACAGUUCAGUUAAAUAUCUAAUUUUUCACAAACCAUGCUUAGACUUAUUCAUAGAAUUUCCUCAGCCACUGUACCAGCUAUUUUUUUUUUUUACUUAUGGUACCUUUUUGUAUUGUUCCUGUUAUAUUUGAUAAAACUGUUAAGCGCUAAUAAAAAAGUUUGUUUCUCUAUGGAAAUAUAAAAUGUCUGAAAUAUGUAGGUAACAAAGUGUAGGCCAAAGGUAAAGGAAUCUGAUCAUUUGAUAAGACAAACAAACAUCCCUUUUUCCAGUUUUCACAGCUCAGUUUGAGAUUCACUUAUCAAGCUGUUUUUCACUUCCUGAUAUAAUGUUUAAAAACCAUCAAACGCUUAAAAAAUAAAAAUAAUAAUCUACAACCUUUCAGAAGCUUUUAGGAAAACUUAAAUUAUAUGCGAAAUAUAACAUUCAUUUGUGAAGCAUGUUUUUUUAACAUUCACAAACUCGUAGAAGUUUCCACGAUUAGACACACGUGGAGAUGUGAGAAACGCCAUUUGCUGUAGGUAAUAAUUUUCCUUUGCAUGCUGUAGUAGGCAACAGAAAGGGAAAUGUGAUAGUCAAAUCUACGUGUUUCUCCCCAGUUACUGAAAAAAAAACUACUUUCUAAAUAUUUCAGUUUUGGGCAUGGUGUGGAAACCAUUGAUAUUAUGUAGGUGUGUACUUUAAAAUGGAAUUUAUGUGGCUUACUACUAUGACUAGAUUGGGAGGGUCUGUAACGUCAGUCUAGAAUUCACACAAGCUCUUUAACCCCUUAAGGACCAAACUUUUGGAAUACAAGGGAAUCAUGACAUGUCACACAAUGCCAUGUAAAAUAUUGCAGAAAUUACACUGACAGAUUAAAACUUGGUCACGUGACACAUAAGCACCCACAGGAAAGCAUUGAUUCAGUGCUUUCCUAUGGUGAAAUUUGAAUGUGCAUGUGAACACAUUAGGCCCCCAUUUAAGAGCAUUAGAUUGGACAUCGAUGAAGGAGGCCAUGCCCCCUCCAUGACUUUGUAGGAGGCGGGCUUCUAAUCAGCGCCGAGGGAACAUCAGCACUUGAAAUAGGUAAUUUGCAAUUUGGCUAGUUUGGCAUGCAUUCUGCAUUUUUAUUUACCAACUAAUGGAUCUGCUAUCAAAUGAUGAUCAUUUUGUAGAAUUCCAUGCUUCUAAAUAAAAAAACAAAACUAAAGAAGAUGCUACUGUAUACAGUUGUAGUAACCCAUCUUUUAAAAAGACACUAAAAAGCCUAAAGGUUAAAACAUAAGCAGUUUGUGACAAUAUACUGGAAUAUUUAUAGCUGUAAGCAAACUGACACCUCUUUAAGACUGUUUAAAGAGGAAGAAGGUAAUUUAUAAACCUAAUGAUUGCUUCCCUUCAAAUUAAAAUUGGUUCAAACUGCUACACGGGAAUUUUCUUCACCUCUAGGGGAAACAUUCAGAUGUCUUGGAGUGGGAUCAAACCACUGCCUUUGUGUCUGGAAGAUAAGCAAUCCUUUAAAAAAAAAAAAUAUUAGUAUUGUCCUCAUCUGACUUCAAACUCUGGGAUGGAAUGCUGGGAACUAAUAAUCUAUGCGGGUUUACUUUCUUAGCAAUUGGUUGUGGUGCAUUGACAAUUAAGAUGCAAAAUAUUAAAAUAGAAAUAUAUUAAAUUAAUAUAUUAAAAAUAUUAAAAUAUGAGAGUUAAGGAUUUUUUCCUGCAUUGCUAUUUUGGCUUACAGUUUCCAACUUCAAUUUAGUUCUGUUCUUAGAUUGUCUAUGUUACAUGCCCAUUUAUGCCAUGCCCUCCUCAUCUGUUUUUUUUUUUCUUGACUUUUUUGGAGUAAUUUAUUUAUCUCCUUUGUGCAUAUUCCCACAGUACAGACCUGCAGAAUAUGUUGGCGCUAUAUACCUAUUAUAAUUCAUAGAUUUAAAGGAUCUGUGAUUUAUUUUGAUCUCCGCUAAUAAAUUCAAUAGUGACUGAUGUCUUAAAACACAUUUGUCAAAAUUAUUUAUUUCUGGAGAGCAGGUCAUCUCUCCCAUAGUGAGUGUAAGCGUUCUAUUCUGGUUUUAAUAGCCGCAUUAAUUCAUGACAUUGUAUUAUUCACAGAAUUUCUCACACUUUAACUUUUGAUUCUUGAAUGUAAUGAAAAUCGGCAUAAAACUAUUUAAUAUGUAUUUUUAAACUGUACUAUAUAUAUAUAUAUAUAUAUAUAUAUAUAUAUAUAUAUAUAUAUAUAUAUAUAUAUAUAUAUAUUUUUUUUUUUUUUUGGGGGUGUGGGGGAAUUGUAAGAAUAAUACAGAUUUAUUAUAUUUUUAAUUUCUCUUUAAAAUUCUUGAAUAUCCCUGACACUUUCUCACCCUUUGAAACAGUGGCUCUCAGAUUAUUGUAUCCUCUUUUGGCUGAAGUUCGAUACCUCACAUUACUUAUUUUUUGGUGGCUAGAUUGAAGAGCAGGAGCAGAGUGGUGGUGGUUACAUUUGACCGUGCUGGUAGGCUCAUUUCGGAACCACUGCUCAUAAUGUAUGUACUACUUAUGCGUAUUUCUGAGUGUGGUGUUUUUGACACCUAGCAAUGAAAAGGCUAAUACAUUCCUGUAAAUGUAAUAAUCAGUUAUUAGGCCAUCAGAGUUUCCAUUUAGUUGGUCGCUUACUAAAAUAAAUCUAAACGUAAAUGUGAAAUUUCUACUAUGGAAACUAUAGCAAUUGCUGAAUAAUUAAUUUAAUAAAUCCAAUCCGUUUUGCUACUUCUGUGAUUUUCAUUUAGAAAUGGCUUAUUAACAGUCCCUCUGUUAUAAGGCAGAAAAUUAAGCUAUAGACUUACCUGGAAUCCAGCACCAAUGAAACUCCCAGCACUCAUCUCCAUGCCUCAUCUGAUGUCAGACCCUCCCUGGUGCAGUUCAAUCGAAUGCUUCUCACAGAGAAGCAAUUGAUUAGGCUUUACUCAAUGGCUCUGUGCGCUUGGUUGGAGCUGGUGAAGUGAGAGAAGGAUGGACAGGGAGGGAAGAGGACGGGAGAGCUUUAUUUAAGUAUUGAAAUUUUUUUUUUCAAAUCCUAAGGAGGUGGGGAAGACUGGGGAGAUGGCAAAGAAGAAAGGGAAACCAAGCACUGUCCCCGCUGACAACAGAAGUAUUUUUCCAGGCUGCCUAAGUCAUGUGCUGAGGGUGUAACUAACCCUUGGCAGUAGAGUGCAAAUAUCUCUGGAUGUGCAGCAUUUCAAGCAGAAACGUUACACUUACAAAUUCCUACCACCAUAAAUGUGAUGGAAUUUCGGUGAAAUGUAAAUUUAGUAGGCCGAGAUUUCCACAUGGCAUAUGUGUAUCUUGUAUCAGUUAGUUAGUUACACGUAGCUAAGAUACUGUCAUCAAUGUACUGAGUAUGUGCAGGAAUGCAGGAACUGAAAUUCCUUUGUUUCGGAUGAGCCAUGUGGUCUGCCCAUAUAAGGAAAUCCAAAUCCUGUCCACUGAUUGGUUAAGGGUAUGUGCGGGUGGAGCUAUUAAUGGGAGGAGUUAUAGUUAUAUAAAAAGCAUGUACUUGAUGUGUUUGUCCCUCAGACCUGUUUUGGAACGUUAGUUCAUCUGAGGCCCGAUCGGUAUGUUAAUAAAGACCUCUUACUUCCUGAAAACCUGCAUCCAUCUCUCUGUGUCUGGCUUCUGCAAGUUUACUCGGUUACAUCAUUGGUGCAUUGGUCGGGAACCUCAUCGCACGGAAGCUGGCGCAGAGAUUUGAGAUGGUAAACCUUUUUACCAACGUUCUCUACGGCAGCACCCCUGAACUUCUGCGUGCACAUCCCUUCAUCUCGGUGCCACUGGUCUGCUUCACCCAGGAGAUCAUCGGCCUUUACAUAGUAAGUACCGGGGUGCCCCGUCGAUGAGUGUGAGCCCGGGUUCAGGAACAAAGAGGUAAGACUGAUACCGUUAGAGCGGUAGGCCCAGAAGUGGUUUUAUAUUUGGAACCGUUAUUGGAUUGCCCCUCCCUCUGGAGGGAAGAAGCGAAGGCGCACCGCUUAUCUAUAAAUUAGACGUUCUGUAGUCAGCCCGUCUAAUAUAGGUGGUUUGGGUCAGGCUAAAUCUUGGUGUAAAUAGUUUAUGCCGGACACCAGUGUCCUGUCUUGACUAGCGUGUGUAGGUGUAAAUUUCAGUCGCUAGGUCGGGGAGGCCGGCGAGACUAAGCAGAUUUUGGUGUACAGUCCGUCUGCUAGUUCUCAACCUAUCUUGGCUAAGUGUGCAUGUUUGUAAAUUCAGCCACUAGACUAUUGAUAGAGUAGAUAGACUAAAUGGGUACUGUUGUAAAUUCCGCCCACUAGUUCGCUAUAUGUGGUGCUUGGGCAGCGUAGACUAACCGAAUCCUGGUGUAAAUAGUUUGAUAGUUCUCGAGGUCCUGGCCAAUUAAAAUAGUUGGGAUUAUUGUAAAUGUUUUUAAAUAUACUGUAGUUGGGGAAUUGUAUGUCCUGCUAGAAAGCUUGAGCUCUGCCGUCUAGUGGGAGUGUAAAUUGUAUGUAUACUGUAUAAUAGCGCACGGUAUUAUAACCAUUAACAUGUACUAUAACUACUGACGUUGUGUAAAAAUUACUAAAAACUGUUGUCUUAUGUUAUAUGUGUAACACCAUAACUGUUACUGAUCUGUGACUUUAAAACUGCAUUAUAACCACUUGCUAACCGUACCAUAACCACUGAUUGUAAAGAUAAGGCUACUAGAAUGGGAUGUAGUCGGUUAGUUAAAAGUUGAUUUAUAAUGUGGAUAAUUGUAGGGUUUGAUUUAUAGUUACAGGGACAAGUAUCUAAUGUUUGGUAAAUCUUUGUGAGUGAGACGUCGUGAUAUCACUGUAUGUACAAGAAUUCUCUGCGUGUUUUCGUGUGUGUGUUUGGCCUAGCAACUGUGCCACGUGGUGCUGUUGCCAGGGAAACAAGUGUGAUCGUUGGAAGUGUGUUUGGGGUAUUGUGUUUCUUUGUAUUAGACGCUCCGUUGCCAGUAUGGGUGCGUCUGACUCAAAGAUUGUUGAUCCCUUGUCGUGUAUGUUGAAAAACUUUGCAAAGGGAUAUGAAGUUUGUGAUUUUGGGGUGAAAUUAUCCCCAAAGCGUUUGACUACAUUAUGUAUUAGAGAGUGGCCUAUCUUGGUGACCGCAUGGCCUCCACGUGGUAGUCUUGAUCUAAUUCUGGUACAGCGUGUGCACGCGGCUGUAUCUAGUAGGCCUGAAUUCUAUGAUCAGUUUCCGUAUAUUGAUUGUUGGAAACAGAUUGUGGAAGAAUUGCCUAAAUGGAUUAAGGUAUGCCACGAGGAGCAAUGUCGCCUCAUGGUGGCCAGGACUUGCCUGUCCAUCAGGGCCGCAACCCAGCCCAUUUUAGACUCUCCCCCUGAGUCUGAACUUCCCUCCCCACCCCCUUACUCCUCCUCUAAGGUUAGAGGAGGUGCUGCUGGUGUUGCCACUCCCCCUUUCCCAUUGUCCCUGCCCACUCAUUCAUCUAGUUUAGGGCCCAGCCUACUUGCCCUGAGUCCUCCCCUUCCAGUACCUACCUCCACUAGUUCUAUAUAUCCGGAAUUAACGUCACUUCUGGUUCCUGGUCAGGCUCCUCCCAGCCCGCAACAUCCUGUUGACUGAACUUCCGCCUGGUAAAAUUAACCCGCCUCAUUCUCCUUACCUUACUACCCCUAGACCGGAACUUACUAUAAAACAGCCUUGCCGAAGUCCUAUAUUAACCCGACAGAUGACUGGUACCCUUCAACCCCGACAUUACCAAAUGCCCCUCCGACUUACACCAGGCCCAACACACGUUGAUGAAAAUGGCCAAAUACAAUGGGCAGAUCCAGUGUUUGUCUAUGUCCCCUUCACCACAACUGAUCUAUUUAAUUGGAAGACUCAUAACUCUUCGUAUACCGACAAACCUCAAGUCAUGACAGAUUUGGUUACCUCUAUUAUACAAACUCACAAUCCCACCUGGGCCGAUUGCCAGCAAUUAUUAUUAACUUUAUUUAAUUGUGAGGAAAGGACCCGGAUUACUCAAGCGGCUAUUAAAGCGCUUGAGGAAACUGCACGUACUCAAAAUCAGGCCAAUCCAGCUGCAGGGGCUGCAGCCCAUUAUCCAAAUGUGACCCAAAUUGGAAUGUGAAUGGUGCUGACAUGCCCCAAUUAAGGGCUUAUCGGGAAGCCAUUAUUGCUGGCAUGAAGGCAGGAGGGAAGAAGGUAAUCAAUAUGUCAAAGACGGUUGAGGUGUUGCAAAAUUUUGAUAAGUCACCUAGUGCCUUUUAUGAAAGAUUAUUGGAGUCAUAUAAAUUGUAUAAUCCUCUUAAUCCAGAGACCCCUGAGAAUUCUCAAAUGAUUAACUCAGCAUUUGUCAGCCAGGCCCAAGGUGAUAUUAAAAGAAAAUUGCAAAAGUUAGAGGGAUUUGUAGGGAUGUCCAUUAACUCAGUAUUUGGGAUCAUGGCAAAGACCUGUAGCUUAUAUAUCCAAACAGUUGGAUGCAGUGGCCAGUGGUCUUCCACCUUGUCUGCGAGCAGCGACCGCCACUGCCCUGUUGGUAGCAGAAGCUGACAAGCUCACAUUGGGUCAGGAACUCUAUGUGCGAGUACCUCAUGCAGUACAGACCCUAUUGGAUUACAAAGGAAAUCAUUGGUUUAGCAACAGUCGAAUUACCAAAUAUCAAGCUAUGUUAUGUGAAAAUCCAUGAGUAAACCUCGAAACUGUCAAUAAUUUGAAUCCAGCUAUCCUUCUGCCCCAGACUACUGAAAGUAAACAUGAUUGUUUGGAGGUAAUGGAUAAAGUGUUUUCAAGCAGGCCUGAUCUUCAUGAUUUCCCCAUCCAGAAUCCAGACAUACAGUAUUAUACAGAUGGUAGUAGUUAUGUGAAAGAAGGUAUACGUUAUGCAGGGUAUGCGGUAACAACUAUAGACAAGGUGAUAGAAGCAUGGCCACUUUCGAAAGGGACAUCAGCACAGAAGGCGGAUCUGAUUGCAUUAACAAGGGCCUUGCAAUUAGCUGAAGGGUUGAGAGUGAAUAUUUACACAGAUUCAAAAUACGCUUUUCUAACCACCCAUGCCCAUGGAGUAUUGUAUAAAGAAAGGGGAUUGUUGAAUUCAGAAGGGAAAGAAAUCAAGUAUGAAGCAUAAAUACUCCAACUGUUAGAGGCGGUAUGGGAACCGAAGGAAGUCUGUAUUAUACAUUGCAGGGCACAUCUGAAAGGUAAUAGUGAUGUAGUAAAAGGAAAUUGCGUGGCCGAUAGUGCAGCAAAACAUGCUGCUGAAUCCGGGCAAGAGGAAUAUGUGGGGUAUGUUGCUGCCCUUGUGCCGGCACCUCUGUCUCAAUGGACUCCGAUAUAUAGAACCCAAGAGAUGGAUUGGUUGAAGACUGAAGCUGUGAAAUACUUGGAGAAUAAUUGGUAUCAGUUAGAAGAUUGAAGAAUAGUUAUUCCGACAUCUCUGGCAAUAGAUAUUGUUCAGAACUUCCAUAAUGGUAUACAUUCAGGAAGAGAUAGUAUGGAAGAAUCUCUCAGGAAACAUUGCUACAUACCAAGAUUAUCCAAUCUUACUCAAACUUUUGUUCGAAGAUGUGUUUUGUUUGCUCGAAACAAUGCAAGACAAGGCCCUGUCAAACCCCUUGGAGGACUCCCAAUGUCAGAUUUGCAAAUAGACUACACUGUAAUGCCUAAAUUUGGGGGAUAUCGUUACUUGUUGGUAGCUGUGUGUACCUACUCAGGUUGGGUAGGAGCUUGUCCAACUUGUACAGAAAAGGCAGGAGAAGUUGUAUGAUUUCUGUUGCGAGAAGUUAUACCCAGAUAUGGACUUCCGUGUUCUAUCGGAUCAGACAAUGGUCCAGCCUUUAUCCAUCAGUGUUUACAACAAUUGACUCAUGUGCUUGGUAUUAAGUGGAAACUUCAUACAGCAUGUAGACCUCAGAGUUCUGCAAAGGUGGAAAGGAUGAACAGAACAAUAAAAACCCAGUUGGCUAAAAUGUGUCAGGAAACUCAGCUCAAGUGGAAUGUCCUUUUGCCAAUAGCUCUGUUGCGGAUACAUAGUACUCCUACCAGAAGAAUGGGUCUGUCUCCCUUUGAAAUCGUGUAUGGGCGUCCACCUCCCAUACUCUAAGGGGGGACUUGAAUCAGUUGGGUGAAGGAAGUACUUGGCAGCAGGUUGUAGAGUUGGGUAAAACUAUGGAGUAAGUACAGAAAUGGGUGCAAGAUAGGUUAUCUGUGAACAUAUAUCCACCUGUUCAUUCCUAUCAACCGGGAGAUCGUGUGGAUAAAAGAAUGGAAUAUUGUUCCAUUAGGUCCAAAGUGGAGGGGUGCUUAUUUUGUUCUUUUAUCUACUCCAACAGCUGUAAAGGUGGCAGAAGUGACUCAAUGGAUUCAUCAUUCUAGGGUUAAACCAGCGGCAGAUUCUUGGCAAGCUAUUCCAGAUUCUGAAAAUCCUUGCAAGAUCCGGUUAAAGCGGGUAGCUCAGUCGGAGUGAGAAAUAACACGAGGAGAUAUUGGGACAUCUUAGUUGAAAGUAACAACAGAAAUCAGCAAGUAGGUGUUUUGACAGCCAUAACAAAGCCUGACCACCUACCUACAUGUCAUUGCCAGAGUGUCUCGAAGGGACCUCUGUGAAGAAAAGUGAGAAUCAGAAGAACAACAAUCCAUGCAGCCCUCACAAUCGGGAAGCUGAGGUGACGUCGCGCGGUCGAAGAGUAGAAAUGAGGACUUUUGAAAUAAUGUUAUAUUAUGUGUUUAGGCAUUUUUGUGAUUUUUCAGGAAGGUAAAGGUGGGGACAUGCAGAGUUGUGUUAGCUGCAUUAAGACUACAAAAACAGGUAACCAAAUAUCCCAAACUCUCAUUUGGCACUCACAGUAUGAGUGUAGGGGAUCUGUAUCUAAGUGUAGAUAUUUACAUAUAGAUUACAGUGUGUGCAAACCAAUAUCAGGAGAGCCUAAAUGUUUUCAUCCCCAACUCCAACCCCGUACAAUUUGGUUGGUAAUUCGGAAUAGUAGCUCCCAGGGGACCUUUAUAAAUAGGACUGUGAUAAAUACCUUACUUUCUACGGGCAUUCUACUAUUUGAUUCAUGUAAGGCGAUCUCUGGUAGUGGAAAACCUUGGAAUGUAUGUGGUAAUCUUAAAUGGGAACGAACUUAUCGGUUUAAUGAUAAAUAUUUAUGUACCAGUAAGAGAUCUACUGAUCCUGAUUGCCCAAAUAGGGAUUAAAAUUUUUGUCCAUAUUGGUCUUGUGAUUUGCGGGUGGGCAACCUGGGGAAAAACAGUGGAUCAAGAUAUGAUUAUCCAAAGGUUGCCCUGUCUAUGGAAUGUAAUCCUGUCCAUAUGACCACCUCUAAUCCACAACAUUUUAUUGAUUAGUUUGGAAAUCUAUUUGGGUUCCAAAUAUAUGGCACAGGAGUAGACUCAGGGACCAUAAUAUAUGUAGGACUUGAAACUGAGACGAUAGCAACUCAAACUCAUCAGGUUUUUCAUUCCUUCUAUGAGGAGAUGAGUGUUGAGGAUAAAAUUCCCCAUAAUGUUAAGAACCUAUUUAUUGAUUUGGCUGAGAGUAUUGCGGGUAGUCUUAAUGUAACUAAUUGCUUUGUAUGUGGAGGUACUAAUAUGGGAGACCAGUGGCCAUGGGAGGGAAAGGAAGUAUGGUACCCUGCUUCUGAGACAGAUGAACAACAAAUACUUUCUCAGUCUCAUCAUCAAGUGAGUACUAGAGGUAAAUCAGAGUGGCGGUUAAAAACCUCCAUUAUAGGUCAUGUAUGUUUAGCCAGGAAAGGGCCAUUGUAUACCACACCUGUUGGCGAGUUAAUAUGUCUAGGACAGAAAGCCUAUAAUGCCGAGACUAAAGAUACUACUUGGUGGUCAGCUUCAAAUGUCUCAGAGCCUACUAAUCCGUUUGCCAAUUACACCCAUUUAAAAGAGGUAUGGUUUGACUUAUCUGCUACAUUCAAUUGGAAAGCCCCAGCGAAUUUAUAUUGGAUCUGUGGUAAGAAAGCAUAUUCAGAGUUACCACAAGAUUGGGAAGGGGCAUGUGUAUUGGGUAUGCUCAAACCAUCCUUCUUCCUGUUGCCAAUUGAGACAGGAGAGACCUUGGGAGUUAAAGGACCACUAUAGUGCCAGGAAAACAUACUGGUUUUCCUGGCACUAUAGUGCCCUGAGGGUGCCCCCACCCUCAGUGUCCCCCUCCCGCCCGGCUCUGGAAAGGGGAAAGGGGUUAAAUCUUACCUUUUUCCAGCGCUGGGCGGAGAGCUCUCCUCCUCCGAUCCUCCUCUGUUCCUCCCCGUCGGCUGAAUGCGCAUGCGCGUCAAGAGCUGCGCGCGCAUUCAGCCGGUCACAUAGGAAAGCAUUCAUAAUGCUUUCCUAUGGACGCUUGCGUGCUCUCACUGUGAAAAUCACAGUGAGAAGCACGCAAGCGCCUCUAGUGGCUGUCAAUGAGACAGCCACUAGAGGAUUAGGGGGAAGGCUUAACCCAUUCAUAAACAUUUUUUAUGAAAAAAUGGGUUAACCCUAGCUGGACCUGGCACCCAGACCACUUCAUUAAGCUGAAGUGGUCUGGGUGCCUAGAUUGGUCCUUUAAGGUUUAUGAUGUAAAUCAUAAAAACAAGCGAGCAUCCUUGAAUAUAGGUAGCUGGGAAGAUGAGUGGCUUCCCCAACGCAUUAUUAAAUAUUAUGGACCUGAUACUUGGGCAGAAGAUGGUACCUAUGGAUAUAGAACCCCAAUAUAUAUGCUCAACUGUAUUAUAAGACUACAGGCGGUGGUUGAGAUUAUCACUAAUGAGACAGCUCAAGCACUUAAUCUUCUAGCUAAGCAAAAUACUCGGAUGAGAUCAGCCAUCUAUCAAAAUAGAUUAGCUCUGGACUACCUAUUAGCAGUAGAGGGAGGUGUAUGCGGAAAGUUUAAUCUUAGCAACUGUUGUUUGCACAUAGAUGAUGAAGGGCGGGCAGUGGCUGAACUUACAAGCCACAUGGUUAAACUGAUGCAUGUACCUACUCAGGUCUGGAGUGGGUAUAAUCCUAGUAGUUGGUUUGGAAGUUUGUAUGAGCAGCUUGGAGGGAUUAAGGCGUUAGUAGGAGGAGUAGUAUUUAUUAUAUUCUUAUGUCUCUUUCUGCCCUCCCUAAUUCCAUUAGUGGUCAGAUCUAUACGUAAUAUCAUAGAGAGUACUAUAGAAAAAAAGACAGCUGCUCAUGUAAUGGCUGUCUAUAGAUAUGAAUCCCUAGCCCAAAGAGAACAUAUUCAGGAUGAAGAAUGCUGAAGGAGUUUGUGAUGAUGCUAAGAUGCUUACAAGGUCUGCUCUGGUCCAAUGGCUACUUGAGAGGUGUUGGUAAACUAUGAUUGGUGAUGCAUCUGGAAUAAUUUUGUAUCAGAGGUAUCAAAGGGGGGAAUGUGAUGGAAUUUCGGUGAAAUGUAAAUUUAGUAGGCCGAGAUUUCCACGUGGCAUACGUGUAUGUUGUAUCAGUUAGUUAGUUACACGUAGCUAAGAUACUGUCAUCAAUGUACUGAGCAUGUGCAGGAAUGCAGGAACUGAAAUUACACUCCUUUCUCCUUUGUUUCGGAUGAGCCAUGUGGUCUGCCCAUAUGAGGAAAUCCAAAUCCUGUCCACUGAUUGGUUAAGGGUAUGUGGAGCUAUUAAUGGGAGGAGUUAUAGUUAUAUAAAAAGCAUGUACUUGAUGUGUUUGUCCCUCAGACCUGUUUUGGAAUGUUAGUUCAUCUGAGGCCCGAUCGGUAUGUUAAUAAAGACCUCUUACUUCCUGAAAACCUGCAUCCUUCUCUCUGUGUCUGGCUUCUGCAAGUUUAUUCGGUUACAUAACCACUUCAAAAAGCAGACAAGGUCAUGGUAGUUGGUGUAACCAUUUAAACCUGUACAUUUACUCAAACAGAUGAUACAUACACAAUACAUUAAACCCAACUCAAUUUGCCCAAUUCAUCUUGACUGCUCUUCUAUAUCAAGGAAUAUUGUUCUCUAGGAAAGCUUACCGAGAGAGUCUGACUUAGUUUGAUCUCAGCUUGCACUUGCAGUUUUCCACAUUGAGCUGUAAGUCCCUACCUAGUGUUCUGCAACCAUUCCCUGCUCACAAUCUUAUACAGUGGUUGUAAUGUUUGAGCUAUGUUUCUGAAGAUGCUCACUGCUUUAAAGAAUUGUCCGUUUCGGGGUUCUGUGCAUAUUUUGCAAAGUCUUCUGAUUGUGCCUUUACUGCUUGAUGUACAGUAACCCAGGAGUGCAGCAGAAGUAUGUUAUAUUAACUUAAAACUGUUCAAUACAGGUGCUGCCAUCCCGUUUAUUCAGCUCUUGGGGCUUUACCUUCCAGAUAAGAGUGCAACACUGAUCAGUUGAGAAUCCUGCGAGAUAAUGUCUCACAAUGAAUGAGAUAUUGUCUGAUUCUCCAAGCUGUUGCUAGCGACAUCGGUGGAAAUUGACGGCAGAAGCUCCUAAAUGCCAUGUGUACCCUGGCACAAUUGUGCAAUCUCUGAAGUGUGGCUAUAAAACCUAGAGCUCUGUGAAUAGAGGCUAUAUUGCUUUAGGUAAAGUCAAUAAUUUUCAUCACAUCCAAUCAGUGUAGAGCCUCUAAUGGGUCAAUUCUGAGACGUAAAAUAUAUUAGAAAUCCGAAAGACAUUUCUUUUUUCUGAACUUUAUACACUAUUAAACGUGGAGUAAUGACUAUGUUGUACUCUAGUUUUAAAUUGGUCGUUGCAUAUUUAACAUAUGUCAGACGUUUACAAAUGCUUAAAGAAUUUAUGAGACAUAUUUUGGUGCUGGGGCAAAGGUACAUAAACAGUUCUAAAAUUCUCAGGAGAGAAAAAACUCCCUUUUAAAAGAUCAUUAGUUCCUAGUUGACCUCUUUGUGAUUUUAGGCCAAACAUGACGAUGAGCAUUCUGUGAAAUUCAUUAUGGAAACAAUUUUCAGUGUGCAAGUAAAGGACAUGUUUGAUUGAAAAAUCCCAUGCAUGGUGAUUUAUUUUAAUAACUAAACCAGUGAGUUGAUGGUUGAGUUUCAAAUUGGUUAUGAGCACAUAGGGAUUUAAAGGUACACGCUAGGCACCAUAACCACUUUCUAUAGUGGUUAAGGUGCCUGGAGUGCCCUGGCACUAGUUCACUAAUCAGUGUUAAACUGUUUCUGCCUACACCACAGCCCCAGUUGCACUCUGCCCUAGCCAUACCAAUAGUAGAAAUGGGCAGCUGAGAUAAGCUGAUAGUGGUUUAACAGUAAACCGUGGAACAGCGCCAGGGUGUCCAUGCACCAUAACAUCAUCGAAUAGAUUAAGUGGUUAUGGUUUCUAGAGUUCACCUUAAUCACUAAACUAAGGACUGUUGAGAAUUGACAAGAUAAAUAGAAAUUUUACAUCAAAAUAUCAAAACUGGUAUUAUUCACAAACUGCUAUUAAUCCCUUCCCCACCAGCACCCAUCAGUUUGAUCUAAAAUUGGCUAUUUCCAUGUUAUUCUCCACAAUUCCCAGUUUCUUAAAUAAACCUUGAUGUUUUUGUUAGUAAUUUGUCAAAUUGUUAAUUCUCAUUAUACAUAUUCUUUACUUUUAGGUUAUUUUACUUUGACAAUAAAACCAAGAAUGUUAACAAAUUUACACGUGUUAAUAUGUUUUUAAAUCUCUUUUAGGAUUUCUGUUUGCUGCUUGUCACGCCUUGGAAAACACAACAUCCAUACACAGUGGUAAGUUCAACAACAUAUUCAUUUUUACUAACCUGAGCAAUUGAUCUCAUAAAAAAAAAACAUGACCGGGUGCAAUUUAAGGUAAUUAUAUACCUGUCCUAGUUAUACCAACUGUUUGUUUGUUUUGUUUUUUCUUUUCAAUCUAGUAAUAAAAUGUUAUUUGUAGUUUAGUGUCUUGUGGUAGUGCAGGUGAAAUAAAUAUAACCAGAGAUUUACAUAAUGUUUCUUUUGUUGUUCACUACCCCUGUGGUACUUUUGUAUUUAGUAAAACCUUAUAUGGUGGCUCAUCAGUAACCGUACACAAUAGCUAAGUAAAUAUGUGUAUAUAAAUAUCAUUUGCUACCAGCUGUUUGUAGACUCUUAAUUCAUGUUAAUGUUACAAUAAUAAGAACUUUCUACUAUGGUGAUAAUCAGUGCUAUUUCAAGACAGUAUCAAGUUAUGUCACUCCAGUGGGUAUUAGAAUGGGACCACAUGAUUGGACAGGUAAAGAAAGAUUUGUGUCACUUUAGGAUCACAUCUCGCUACUCCCUCGUUAGGGUUUCACAGGAGCAGAGCUCCAGGAUUGUAAGGGAAUGUUUGUUCAUUCUCAACUGUUGAAAAGCUACAGAAUUGUUUCUCAUACAUUACAUGAGUUGCGAGGUAUCAUCUAAUUACAAAUUGCUUGUGUGUAAUGAGCAUAAUGUGUCUGCUUGGUUGUUGAAUAUCUAAGUUAUUGCUCUCCACUUUAGAGUUCGUAUGUUCCGUCAUCAAAGAAUAACUUUGCCUAGACUCUGCCUGAGAUCCUGCCUCAGAAUAGCUGCGAUUUGGACUGAGUGUAGACAGAAGAAUUUACUUGACAUACCGGACAGGAGAGUAACCACACCGAUAAUGUUACAGUCGUCACUGAAUGGCAGGGAGUGCAGAUGAUCUAAUUAUAGAGCCUUUUAACACAGAAUGUUGAUGAUUAGUUGGACCUCAGCCACUAGGAAUAUUAUACGCUGUAUAUUAUAGCUGUCCUGAGAAUAGCCUAUUAAAUGUAUGAUGUAAUGCUACUGGACCUGUAGAUUUUACAAUACAAACAUUCAAUGUUCUCAAUUAGUCCUUACUGGUUCAUUAAUUUGUUUAUAUAGUGUUGUGCAUAUAUCAACAAACAGCCAAGUUACAUCAACAUCUUUAUGUAUCAUACCUGCUGUCCUUCACUAUGCCAUCUAUUGAUGCCUACACCAUAAGUGUGACACUUUACGUAUUAACUAAAGGCACAUUUAUGCUACUUGUAAAGUUAACAAAAUCUUUAGUAUCACUCUCGUAUUAAAGUAUAUUCUGGGGCGUAGAUGAUGCCAUUAUAUAUCUCCAUGGUUCUCACUUCAUAUAUCAUGGGUUUGAAGUAUAUGUUGAAAAGACGCUGCCAAGAAUUGACCGUGCAACCUUUAGUGGAAUAGGUAAGUGUACUAUCUUAUCCGCAAUCCAUAACAGAAUACUUGGAAAUAAGACACUUGAAUCAUAGCUUUACCAUGAUCACUAUUUGGACUGCAUUCUUGCUAAUGUGCGUUUUGGGGAACCCCCAGUCCUGUACGUUGCCGCUAUUGGUAAUAAAUCUCUGUUGGAUACAAACACAUGAAGCUCUUUUGAAGAGUGUGGUCCACACCAUUUAUUUCAGAGUUUUUUUUAGUUUUUCUGAAAAUGUGCUCUUUGUCUCUCAUUUAUAGAGCGCUGCUUGAUGUUGUUGGUUUUAUAUAUAUUAAACUAAUUUUCAUAUGCCCACCCAGAAUCAUUUGAGGUAGUAACAUCACUGCAAAUUUGUGAUUUCUGUGGGAAAAGCAAGUCUUAUGGCUGUGCAGAUUUUUGUUUAACAUUGUAAUAUAUAUAUCUCUAUCACUAUAUAACCAGUGAAAAUUCAGCCCUGAGGAGUAAAAGUUCAUCCCUAUUUAGUGUGGCGUGGGCCCUCUAGACAUGCAUUGCAAGUAGCAUUUAGGACUAAUUGGUAGCGUAGGUCUUGAAAUUUUGAGCACUAUUAAGACAAUGUGUUGUAUGGUUAUACUGUAAUGAUGAUUUCAGUCUAUUGGUAUAUUCAGUUUGUUGAUGUGCUUUAUGUGUCUGGAGUCUGUCACAUCAGUUUAUAAAAGUGCUGAUUCCAAUAAAAAUUUACAUUUUUCUAUUUGUGGCAGAAACACUUCUCUGGCUGUCAAUCAUAAAGCAAUAGAGGCUUUAUUUGUGUUCCUUUAGCACCAUAAACCUAAUGGAAGCACGCUGCACUAGCAUGUCUGCAUUUCCCCCUUCUUAAAGUUCUGUAUUUAUGGCCUAUUGAGAAGCAUUGGAUCACUAUAAGAACAAGUGAUCACACAUGUCUCAAUAAGAAGCUUCUGAUUGGAGUAUUCCCCAGCAUAUACUUUCAAAAUGGGAGGACAUGCAAAGGAUACUGACGGCAGGACUGUAGCUUUUAAAAGCUGGUUUAGAUAUACCCCCGAUGGAAAAAUGCAGAAAUAUAAUCCUGCACGAUUUCAAUAGAAAUAGUUCUCCAAAAUUGUUCAAAUGUAAAAAGAAAUUCAAAGCAAUGUUCCUUCAAAUUGUAUAAACUGUAACGUAUCUACCCCUGGAUAUAUGUAAUGUAUACAUUUUCACAUAUAUGUUGAAAUGAUUGGAAGCCUGGAGUAAUGGUAUAUUAAGAUAGAUAUACAUAUAGAUAUAUAGGACAAUUUAAAACACAAAAAACUGUCAUGUAGGACAAGCUAUUCUGAGAUUAAAGGUAUGUAGCAGAUUAGAAAGAGUUAGUUCUUAUCUAUGCUCCUGGUUCAUUUGUUCUUGUCUUUAAAUUGUAAGUUCCUCCUUCAGGUCCUUUAGUCUACAUGCUGUUAAUAGCAAGGUUUCUAGUAUCAGAGAGCAGACUGUGUACUCCGUUUGAUCUGAACAUUUGUUAAUGCUUGGCAGUUGCAGAUUCUCACCUAUGCCUUCAUGAAGCAGAUUGUAAGAGCUCACAUAAUAGGCAGUAUGUCAUGUGUGUUUAAUCACUAGGUCACUGUUCUUGCUGCACUACUGCUGUAUAUUUACUUUCAGCACUAAAGUGUGAGUUUUUCCACCUUCAAAUAAGGACCAUCUAGGUCAGUGAUGGCGAACCUUUUUGAGCCUGAGUACCCAAACCACAAUACAUGCCAACUUUCUUUUCCUCUAAGUGCCAACACGGCAAUUGAACCUGAAUACUGAGGUUUAAGUUUAGAAAAAAACAACUUGUACAGUUGUCUGAACUAAUUAACAUAUUUUGUUUUAAAAGAAGAACACAACAGAGAGUUCAAUGAUACAAAUUUUAAAUAGUGAUAUAGAUAAAAUUAAGCUUAUAUUUAUUCGUAUCUCCAACAAAUGCAAUACAUACAUACAAUACAUACACAUAGACUGCUAAAUACUGUCACAGACUGCUAAAUACUGUCACAGACUGCUAAAUACUGUCACAGACUGCUAAAUACUGUCACAGACUGCUAAAUACAGUCACAGACUGCUGAAUACAGUCACACACAGACUGCUGAAUACAGUCACACACAGACUGCUGAAUACAGUCACACACCGACACACACAGACUGCUGAAUACACAUACAGACCGCUAAAUAUACAUACACACACAGUCCACUGAAUAUGCACACUGCUGAAUACACACAGAAUGCCGAGUACACACAUACACAGACAGACUGCUGAAUACAUAUACACGGACUGCUGAAUACAUACACACACACACACACAGUCUGCUGAAUGCACACACACACAGACUGCAUUGAGGGGUGCAGUGUUUGUGUAUACGGGUGCGGAGUGUGUGUGGAGUGCUGUGGGUGUGAGUGGGGGGUGCUGUGUGGGUGUGCCUGAGAGGUGCUGUGUGGGGGUGAUGGGGGAAGGGGUUCUGUGUGGGGGUGAUGGGGGAAGGGGUUCUGUGUGGGGUGAUGGGGGGAAGGGGUUCUGUGUGUGGGGGUGAUGGGGGAAGGGAUUCUGUGUAGGGGUGAUGGGGGAAGGGAUUCUGUGUGGGGGUGAUGGGGAAGGGGUUCUGUGUGGGGGUGAUGGGGGUAGGGGUACUGUGUGGGGGGAGGGGGAAGGGGUACUGUGUUGGGGGAGGGGAAAGGGGUACUGUGUGUGGGGGGAGGAGUGCUGUGUGUGUGUGGGGGGGUGGUAAAGAUACAUUUAAAAAAGGAGAUACAUAAAAUCCCCCCUCCCUCCUUCUUACCUUUGGUACACAGCCAGCCCUGGUGGUCCGGUGGUGGUAAGUAUGUGUGUCUGGCUGCAGUUCUGUCCUCCCACGCAAUGCUGUGUGGAAUGUUGCCAUGGAAAUGUGCGGCAACACUCAAAACAACCUGCUUGCAGGAGGACAGGAGAGCUGCCAUAGGUUCGCCAUCACUGAUCUAGGUUGUCUCAAGCUUUUACUUGCAAAUUCUGGGCAUUUCCUGCAAAAUGCCACAACCCCUUUAAAUGGUUCUACUUAAGCCAAACUUUGCAGAGUGUUACAUAAGGAUGAAUAACGCAACAUCUCGUCUGUCUUUUAAGAAAAUCAUAUAGGAUGGCUCCAAAAUAAACAUGGUGGAGUUUAGUUAGCCAGGCAGUAGUUGAUGAGGACAAAAUAUUUUUCACUGGUAUGAAAGGGCCUAACAGAUCAUGAGAUAAGAAGAAAAACGUAGGAGAAAGACAAGUUUUUAUAUUGCUCAUUAAAGCUAACUUGAUGCAAAUGUACCAACAGUCCCGAAUUUGCCCCAGACAGUCUCGCAUAUUGGAGUUUUGUCCCAGUAAAAAUAGCUUCUGGACACUUGUCCUGCGUUUUGAAAUCUGGCAGAUUUCAAAAUGCAGCAGGGGACUGGACAAUAGGACACAGAGCUUCAGCAACACUCUGUACUUGGUCUAGCUUGAGGUGGCAGGCAGUCAGUCAGCCUGGCCACCGUCUCUAGAUAAGGUCUGCACUGUGCAGCCUGCGCUCUCCCCUGAAGGUGGGCAGGGAGGAAUAGCAGGCAUGCUGAUGUCACUCAUAUGGUUCUGGACCCAACACUGGUUCUUGAUGGGAGCAUGUUUACUGGGAAAUUAAUCUCUGUCAUCGGUUUGUUUCCCCCAAUGGACUAAGAAUAUUUAUGUUAUGAAGGAUCACAAAGAAGAGAAAUUAGAGUGAAAUAUACAAUAAAUGACCUCAAUCAAAAAAUCUGCUUGUCCUUAAAAAGUGUGAGCACACAGUACCAUACCAAUGAGAUGUUCAACUAUGUUGUAACAUCUCUACUGAUCUCCUACUAUCACACAUGCUAGUCAUAGUGAGGAUAUCAGUGCAUUUUGUCUGUAUGUGUGCAGGGUGAUGUACAAUGCUCAGGGAAUUGCUGUUUCUGUCCACAAAAUUAGACAUGCUGUAUUUCUGCACCCUACUUUGUUAAUGGAGCUUGUCCCAAUGCAUUCCGCCUUGUUCACAUUCCAAGUCACUUUCAUUCUAUAUAAACUCUUGCGCUGGGUUUUCGGAUUUUGUGUCAUUGAUAUAGCCUGAGUGAGCUACUUUUUGUGUAUUUCAUGUUUGCAUUUUAUGAACAAAAGAAAAUCCUAUUCUCAAUUAUUAUUAAUAAUUAAUUUACUUCCAUAUUACUAGCACCUAUUAGAUUUUCUUAUAUUGAGAAUAAUCUUUGCCAAGUCCUACCAUUAUUUAAUAUUCUUACUGUAAUAGUACACGCCAUCUCCUUUGGUUGGUUAAGCAAUGAGCCUAAAAACAAGUAACCCUUUACAAUUUCCCCCCUCUAUUGAGUGUGCUUUUUAGUGAGCCUUUCAAAAAGUCAGCAUUUCCCUUUAUACUACUUUAAUUCCUUUUGUGCCUAACAUAUUUCAUUGUUAAUUGUUACUUAAGAUGGGAUCUCCAUAAUGAAUACAUUUUAUGGUUAAUUCUUUCCUUUUGCGCUACUUCUAAGAAUGAAUAGGAGUGCCAAAUGGGUAUUUAGCAGGUUAGGAACACUUUAAUAAAUUAUUGUAGAUUUUGGCAGAAGAUUACGAUUGAUUUCACCGACAAAAGCAAACCGGCUCUUCCCAUUUAAUUUCCAUAUGAAGAAGCAUCAUUGAAGUAACAGAACAAGUAAGAGAAGUGUGUGUGUGUGUGUGUGUGUAUGUGUAUAUAUAUGUGUGUGUGUGUGUGUGUAUAAACUAAAGAUGCAGUUUUCCUGUAUUCAAGGUGAAAAUAAUUGAGAAAUUUUAAUAGGACACAGAUCACAUUGUCACUAAUCAUGCUACAGGUGUGUAUAGUAUCGUUGCUAGAAAGUCACCUGUCUAUGACACUGUUUCUUUUAGCGUUGAUUAGUCACUGUGGUCACUGCAGCCUAGCCAUUCAUCUGCAUGCUGCAGUCUUAGUGGUGACUGUGUAAUGAUUAAAUUACGCUUAUUGAAUUAUAGAUAUAACAAUAUAUCCUUUGCUGCAUUUAGAUGGAAGCAUUUUCUGAGAGCUAGCAAUUCACACAUUAUAAAGUAUUUGGUAUUAGUAUAACAUUUUCCUCACUAACCAUAGUGAAGUUGUCCAUUUUUUUUUUUAGAAAGGUGUUGUGUGUAUCCAUGAGCACAAGCCAGUGUAACAUUUGGGACAAAGAUUAGGGAUAGUUUUUUUGUUUGUUUGUUUUUUUUCUUAUAUCAUGACCUCAAUGACCGGUCAUUAGUCAUGUAAGGGUUAAAGUGUUCCUGUAUAGGAACUAGCAUUAAACAAUUGUUUGUUUUUAGCCCAUGCCAUGGAGUUUACUUAGUUUGUGUUUUAAUUCAUAUUUAUCACAUUUAAAGUGGCCAAAAUGUAGAUCCACAGUUAUUAUAGUACUACAACUUACAUGAUAGCAGCCCUAGUGAACAAGACCUUUGAGAUAUAGCAUGUCUUCUUUUUUUACAUCUCAGUAUAAAAAAAAGAAAAAAAAAAUAGUUUUACAUUGAAAUACAUUUUCAACGUAUUGGGAGCAUUUUCUGGAUGAGAGUCAAGACUGUUGAAUUCUGAAUGUGUAUGGUUUGACAUUAGAUCCCAGGGAUCAGGUUGUGUAACCCAGGUAGUUACAGAGGGCGUAAUGAACAUGUAACACUUAACAGGGAGAGAAUAUGCAAACCAGCGUCUUCAAUGAAAGUGUUGGCCCUUGCGAAUACGGGCAUAAUUGAAAUGUUUAGGUUAGUGAGCGUAGUUUUUACCCUCUUUGAUUUUCUUUGCGUUGCUCUUGGUCCACAAAGAAAUGGUUAAUAUGUAGCAAGCUGGGUACCUCCAAAACAUGCUGCUGUCUGCUGUAAAUUUCUGGUUAUUUUGCACAUCCAUUUUACCCAUCUUUUUUCUGGCAGCACAGUGCAGGUGUGUAUGAGGAUUUUUAUGAAUUCUAAUAGCCAUGAUUAAUGACUUUGGUCUUAUUUGAUGUGGCAUCUCGCAAAAAUAUUGGGACAUAAUUGCCAUUCAUCAACGUAAUGGAGUCAUGUAGGAUCAAAGUGAGCUAAUGGAAAAGAUAAGUAAAUAUUCACCAUGCAUAUUAGUGAACAGAGAAAUACAAUAUUUACAUAGUAUCAAAAUAUAGUAUUGAUAAACUGCAGGGUUCCUCAGCUCAGAAUUUCUAAAAAGGGCGAUACUUCAUAAUACCUUGUGUGGCCAAGGAUCCACAGUGAUUACUAUGGCUCAGUUCUAAUCAUCACAGUUUGAGUAUUUUUUUCACUAGAACUAACCACUAAAGAUAGUGGGGAAGUAAGUGCUUUAUUGGGAGCUGGUGCUGCAUUGUUCUAACGUGGCCAGUUUCUCCAGGUAAACAAGCCUCUGUGUGCUCUGUAAAGAUUGCUAGGUACUUCUUUUUUGAUAAUCUUUAUUUAGUUGUACAAAUAGGACAAGAAAUAAAGUUCAAAAGGAACAGAAAGACCAUCAAUGCGUGAUCCGUAUAGAAGUCAUUUUAUAAGUUAAAUGGCUAAACUCUCAGCACAAAAGCUUUCAACUUCAGCUACAGUAGAAUUGUAUCAAAUAACUAUGUUGGACCUCAUGUUUUUUUGUUUUGUUUUCUUAAAUGCCAAAUAAAAUAGUUGUUCCUAUGAUGCAACAAAAUUCUCCUAAUUUUUUCUGAGGGUUUUUUGAUUCUCAUGUCUGCUAUUGACAUCCAUUGAAAGCAUUCUGUUUUGUAGGUGCAAUUACCAGUUUCAAUGGCCUGAUAUGGACAUUUCACUAUGAUUAAAAUAAGUUUGGAAAUUUUCAAUUAAAGGACCACUCUAGGCACCCAGACCACUUCAGCUUAAUGAAGUGGUCUGGGUGCAUGGUCCAGCUAGGGUUAACCCAUUUUUUUAUAAACAUAGCAGUUUCAGAGAAACUGCUAUGUUUAUAAAUAGGUUAAUCCAGCCUCUAGUGGCGUUAAUCCAGCCUCUCAUUGACAGCCGCUAGAAGCGUUUGUGUGCAUCUCACUGUGAAAAUCACAGUGAGAAGACGCCAGCGUCCAUAGGAAAGCAUUAUGAAUGCUUUCCUAUGAGACUGGCUGAAUGCACGAGCAGCUCUUGCCGCGCAUGCGCAUUCAGCCGAAGAGGAGGAGAAGAGCUCCCCGCCCGGUGCUGGAGAAAGGUAAGAUUUUAACCCAAUCCUCUCCACAGAGCCCUAUAUUACUUAAUAAAGCUGCUUAAACUGAGUAUGUUUUCCUGGCACUAUAGUGGUCCUUUAAUAAAUCAUCAUACUAUUUGUGCUUGUCAGUUGCCAUUCUUCUUGACUGAAUACCUUUUUCAUUUUAUCCGAGAAGUUUUGCUCUGUAACCCUUAUAUUUUUGUACUUUAUGUAAUGCUUCUUUCUAGAAAUUCAGUUUCUUCAAUUCAUCACCGGAUUUAUUUAAGGUCUUCUGACUUCUUCACAUAACUUUUUUAUAGAGUGUUGUUUCAGACCAAAAAGAAGAAAUGCUUCACUGGUAUUUUUUCAUAUUAUAAAAUCUAUAGAGUAUGACAUACUUGUAAAAGACAAGAAAUUCAAAGCAACAUACACACUGCUACUACUGUUCCUCGGUUUUGUUUCGUUUUGUUUUGGGGGUUUUUUGUCAAAGAUUUUUGAAGGAGUUUUUACAAAAAAUAAAUAGUACUGUAUAAGUGUUACUCAAACCUUCUUUUUUUAUUUUUUACUUACAACAAUGAUCGGGAGAAAUAGUGGGAAGUUAGGACAGGAUACAAAAACAUAGUGGAGGGUAUAAGGAGGGGGGACAGCUGCAGUUUAGGAUGGAGGGAGGGCAGACACAAACUUCCAUUACGCUUGUCACCAUCGCGCUUAAAAUAUGCACAGAGUUAACAUUUGGCAUUCCGGAAGAGCGUUCCGGAGCUGCCACUGUCACUUCUGCAGGGGGUGUAACUAACCCUCGGCACAUAAUUGCAAAUACCUGUUUAUGUGUAGCGCUUCAAGGAAAAAGGCAGCACAAACUGAAUCCUACCACCAUGAUCACUUCUAAAAGGAGUAGUGGUCAUGAUGAUUGGAGUAACCCUUUAAGGGCUGAUUUAAUAUGUUUAAAAUUCUGCUUUGCAACAUAAAGAAUAGUUGUUGCCAGGAAUAGGUAUAUGGUGGGAGUGGUAAAUCUAAACACAUUAAGUAAAUAAAACACAGUAAAGAAAAUGCUUAGAACAUGUAUAAUACCAGAAAACAUCAUGAAAAAGCAAAUCAACAAAAUCAAUGUUGAAUAUCAUUGGAAAAAUACAGAAUUGGAUAGCACUAUUCAGAACCUAUAUUACUUAAUAAAGCUGCUUAAAUGAACUUGAAUUAUAAAUAAUGCGGAACGAUGAAGCAACGCUCACAAAAUAUACAGUUUCAAAUUAUAUAAGUGAGUUUAUUGGAGAAUGGGUACAUUGUGUGACUAAAUCCCCAAAUAUUUCACUUGACAUUGGUGAUGUUUUUUUUUUUAAGUAGCAUAAAAAGAUUUUAGACUGCAUGUUUUUGUAUGAGCAGAUAUUUUUGUGUGUAUUUUGUUUAGAUAUUUGUGGCGAGACGUCAGUUGUCAAGUUGUUUCUGUGUAGGGGAGACAGUAGCUGCGGCUGUCAGCUCUUUCAUGUCCCCUGUGGUACAGAAACUAUUAAUGUAGACAAAUUAAUGAUUUAUGUCAGUCUUGCAUUAGGGUAUUUGAGGGCAUAUCCCGUAUCUUUGCUACAUUCAGUGUAAGUGCUCUGCGGUAUAAUCACAGGUGACAUUCCUCUUCACACACAGAGCACAAUCACAGACUUCAUUCAUAAACUUCAACUUACAAGUCAGGAGCUGAAACGUGAAACUCCAAAACGCCCCUGUGUUUUUGAUUAUUGGGCGCCUGCUUUCAAGUAAGGAGGUUUUACAUCCACCUUUCCCCCUCCUUUACCUCCUAUUUAAUGAAUGUGCAUAAUUCAAAGAGAUUAAAUUAAAAGACCUGGCUAAAGAUCUUUAUGUUUCCUGCAGCUUUCCCCGAGGGGGGUGGGAAUAAAUGUAAGUUUUCCUGGCGUUUCAAUUGAUGCAUCAGGGUGAAACAAGGGAGGUGUAUAUUCUUGUUUGUAGUCGAAUCAUUUUCCGAUGGGUUCAAAGAGCGAUUCAUGAACUGCUCUGCUUGUUUGCACAGGGUGAUGUUGAAAUGCAGGCUGUGUCUUUUGGAAGAUCCGUCUGCAAAUAUGUCUGCUGGCAUGGAAAUAACCAGGUCUUUUAGGUUUGGGGCGUCCCUUGCUCCAGAGUGGACUCUCAAAGGGUAGCCGAGCUCCGAAUAGGUUUAUUGAUCAACAAAUUGUGCUUGUGCUUUGUUUGCAAGAAUCCCUAAAAGAUUUUGUGGAAGUGGGUCUGUAAAGCAAAAUAGCCAGUGAAAAAUAAAUAAAGCAUCCAAAAGAGUUUAAACCUUGACACCAGAUUGGAAACAAUUUUUUAAAUACGCCAUUAUUUUCUACACAGUGAGUGAGCAUGGUUUUUCUGCCCACAACUUGGUGUUUUGGUCUUCUUUUUGUAACUAAAAUUAGCAUAUCUGCAUACGUUAGAUUUUUAGAUUCAUUUCCCAUUAUAGUAUAUUGUGUAGAAAAUAAAGAAGUGUAAAAUUUCCUAAAUUUCAUAUGUGGCUUAUUUACGUGAAAAGAUAUCUGUAUGCCUGUUCCCAUAUAUUUUGAGUGCAGCUACAAUAUGUGUUUUUACCACCGUUGCUGUGAGGCAGUUCCAUACAUGUAAUAGCAUUUCAAAAAUAUAAAAUGGAAAAUUAAAUAUUAUUACAUUUUAUUUUUUUCUUACUAAUUUUAAGGCAUAAUCUCAUAUCAGCCUUUUAGUUUCUUUGGGUAGGUCUUCUCUCUUCUGUUUACCUGUUAAAUUUCUUCAUGUUUUUAAAUAACUAAAUAUACCACACUAUCCUGAGUACCUCUUUACCCAAAAUAUAUUCUAUACUUUAAGUAGGUUCUGAUACAUUUUAUUGUUCAGAAUAUUCUCUGCAUUUAUCAUAUUCUUCUAGUGGUUAAGUAUGAAUAAUAUAAUAGUGUCUGCUACAGAGGCCUUUCAAGCGGCCUAUAUUUAGUUUAACAAUAGCUAUUUUUGUAUAAUCAGGAUAAGCUUCUGACUGCAUGGUCUAUAAAUAUCCCUGUUUCAAUAGCAUCCAACCAUGAUGGAAUGUUAUUCAAUGGAUUUAAAGCAUAUUCUAUAACGGUAUUACGUUUCUUAGUUUUGUUGUUUUUAUUUUUUUUGGUGGUGUUUUGUUUUGGAGGGGGGGGUGCACAUAAAAAAAAAAAAAAAAGGGAAAUGCCCGUCUCUCCAUUGUUCGUUCAUCUGUCCUGGACAUGUAGUGGUUAACUAUAUGAGGAAGAUUGGUGGGCGAGUCUAUUAUGCAGGUAGGCCCUGCUUCAAAGUGAUGUACACCUGUGCUAAAGUUCAAAGAAUCUGAAGAGCAGAUGGUCACAUAAAGUUCAGAAUCUUUUCAUUGUUCGAGUGUGGAAAGAUGGGUCAAAGAGAAGAAUAAGCCCAGUAGGUGGUCCACUGAAUUGGCCAAGGAAAUGCUAUUUACAAAACACAGUAAAGGGUGCUCUUUCAAGAAUGAUUAAAGGUGCACUAUGAUCACAUGGGGUAAAAUAAGGAACUAUUUUUAACAUCACAUGACUACACAACAUGCAAUGGGAAAUACACCGGUAAAUACAAGGAGUAUAGAUUAUAAAUGGUAAUAAGUAGUUCUAUGCUUCACACUCCAUAGGACUUGCAUUCUGUUUAGAGUACAUGGCAAUAUACACAUAUUAUGAUUUUAUCAUGAUUCUUUUAAGGUUUAGAUGGAUGUGGUCAAGCAGGGUUAACAGAAAAUGGUAUUGGUGUAGAAACGAGAAUUAGAUGCUGUAUUUGAGGUAGCCUUUGUCUAAUUCAUGCUUCAGGAGAUAUUUAUACAGUUAAAAUUAACUUUCCUUUAUGUUAGAUCCAGUGAUAUUUUGUGCCCAAUAAUUGUAAACCAGUAGAUCUUAAAACAUCAAUACUCCUUUUUAGUUUGGAACCAUUAACUAUUUACCAUUUCACUAAUCAGGAACUCCUUUUCAGCGUACCAUAUGAUCUAUCACAAUACACAACUACUGUAACAAGCAAACAUCUGAACUACAAUUCCCAGGUGCCCAAGUCAUGAUAUCACGUUCAUCAGUACUUUUCGAUCAGCAUAUGAAUUCUGGAGGAUAGAAAAGAGGGGUCUAAAAAUAAAUACACAAGAAAAGAAUUGAGAAAGCAACCUUGGUAACUGACUUUAACCUAAUAUAUAUGGAUAAAUAGCCAAAGGUGCCACUAAAAGAAACACAACCAUGUAAUUUGCAGACUGUGAUCUGAUCAGUAACAAUGACCUCAAUGGUGGAAUGUUAGACAUUUUUUUCCCCCCAAGGUUUUUUUUUCUCUAUAGGCUUAUUUUACAUGAAUUCACAUAGGUGACAUCACAGUAAUACUAUUUUGAGCAGCAGUGUGCAUGGGAAAACUGUAUACUCAACCACUCAUUUUUUAUUUUUAAGAGCUUUUAUGUCUAAUACUAUAGCUUAAUAAGCAUCUCCCAGAAGCCUCCACUGCUUACUUACAGCAUCCACACCACUUAGUUCUAAGAAUAGUAUGACUACAUAUAACAUUUAUUACUGUGGAUAAUCGGUAAGGAUAGGCAAUAGCUGGAAGUAAAGGACAAUGAUAAUAAUGUAACAUAACACAGGCACAGAUACCAGUUGUUACUCUUGUAAAGUACACCUCUGUUAUUGAGUAGAGAUGAAUGUAACCACUCAUUUGCAUGAAAAAUCUGAAAAUCCAAAUGAUUGUUGUAUGCAGUGGGAUAUUGUGGAAAUACAAGUCCUAUUCUGUUAUUUGAAGUUUACAUUUUGGUAUUAUCACAUUUGUCUAUAACAGCCCAUCCCAUAGUGGGGGUUCCUAGGUUGCUAACCACCACUUCAGGGGAGGGUUAUUCACAGCCCAUGGAAAUGCAAUUUUUAAAUAUUUAAUACAAACCUUUCUCCUUCAACCUAGGCAAAUAUAUUUUGCUUGCUCUUGCACGCUCUCUCUCUCUCUCUCUUUUUAUUAUGGAAGUAGCCAUUUUAUUAGUCCAAAUUAGCUUUUCUUUGGACUCCCCAGUGUAUUCAAAUCCUGUGUGAGUUGAAAUUUCCAUAAUUUCUAUGACUAUUCUCAUCAGUGAUCUGUGAAAUGAAAAGACCUCUUCAUAUUUAAAACUAGCUUUCACACAAUCUGACAUGGUUAUUUUUUCCGUUUUUUUUUUUUCUACUACUUAGUUACAGUUCCAAUUUACCUUUAAGUAAUCCUAAUUUGCAAUCCCUGAAGCACUUUUGUCCACUGGAUUCUGGUUUAACAUUUAGCAAAGGCAAUAUACAGUUAUGGAGUCCCCUGUCAUUUUUAAUUUUCCUUAUUCAUAUGGCAAUAACGCUGCUUUAGAUAUGUGUCAUCUACUAAUAAGACACACAUUAUCUUCAAUACCUGUUAUAAUAUCACUAAUAAAAUAAAAAUAACAUGAAAAAGAGUUUAAAAAAGGAAGUACAUUGGCAGCGUGAUUUUCCUCUAAAUAGAUGCUACUUAUUUAACACCAUCUAGGUUAUCUCUCAACCAUUUACCUAAUUCAUUCAACUGUUUGUGUUCAGAAUGAAACCUUACUAAAAUCCUUUUGUUGUGUUGGGAAUUCCUGCACUCUCUGUGCAUUAUAACAAACUUUUGUACCUGGACUAAGAUCAAGGCAAUGAGAUGGAGGUCCUACACUUACCUACACUGCUAUAAUACUGUCUGGCCACCUUCCAAUGAGAACAUAUCUUGGCAUUGAGGACAUCAUGAAAUAAUACUUUCCUUUCUAGGACAUAUAAUGAAUACCAUUGAGGGAUGUUGGCUUCCUGCAUGGCCUUAAAUUACAAUCUAUUCCCUUUAUUAGAAAUACCACAAUGGCUUGAUUUUCUUUGUAAUUGGAUAUAUAAAUACAAACAAAAUGUUAAGAGUAGGUCAAACUUAAUAGAUGCUGUCUCAUAGAUGGUGGAUUGCUGUGAAGGAAGUCACUUUGUACAAUGGGAAUGUAAAAAAUGUCUGUCCCUGCCCUCACAAGGCACAGCAUGUUUUGAACCCGGAAUGUGAAGACAGUUUGAUGAGAAGAUUCUUAAAGAAUGUAUAGUUCAAGUACAGCCAACAAGAGACUGGCAAAGCAUCCUGGGAGUUCUAGUUCCACAUCUGGAUGGUUAUAUGUGGUGGAAGAGCAUCGUGGUAUAUGUAGUUUUAGUAAAAACUGGAGGCUAAGCCUGUUGACUAACCAUGACAUACCUGUUGUCUCAAGGAAAUCUUGGGCACCACUACAGCAAGAAGAAACCAAAGUAUGUUCCCCACCUGUCCUGAAAAGGUAGACUGUUGUGAAAUGUAAGAAAGGAAAAUACAGAAAUGUGUCAAACCACAGAACAAAUGUUUGGAUUGAGUCAAACUCUUUCCCUCCUGUCACCACAAACCCCACUUCAUGGAACUUCUCCCAGCCCACAAAAUGAAAAUCUUUCCUAGAUGCACUGAGGGAUAAAAGACUUGCUAUCCUUGCACCAGCUUGUAGACAUUAUGAUGGAAUAGCAUGACUUCAUAUAUUAUCUUUAUAUUUCAUUUAUUAGUAGCAAGAUACAGGUCUACAUUUUGAGUCUUUGCUCUUAGAAUCCAACUUAGGAUCCAACUGUGGUAAUUCUAAAUCUUACAAUUAUGCAGCGAUUAAAAAUAUUCAAUGUGGAAAUAACUGUAAAACUGCUAAUGGAUACAUGUCAUUUUUAUGGUAUUGAUCAGUGUUUAGUGCUCCAGCUUUAGUAUUGCCAGCAAAUAUUGAAACCUUGGGGUGUUCUGUUCACUCACAUAAGCAUGGCAUGUUUUUUUCUUUCUGAGGUUAAUAGAAUGAGCAACACUGAGGUGGAAAACAAUAGCAACAUAAAUACAUACUUAAAGGAACCCUAUAGGGUCAGGAAUACAAACCCUAUAGUGUUUAAAUACACUAUUUAGGUUCCCAGCCUACCCCCCUUGCUCUCCUUAAAUAAGUAGCUUACUUUUAUCCUAGCUCUGCCUCCGAUCCGAAUCCUUUGCUGACCUAUGUCCCAUAGGAAAGCAUUGUAUUGGCUGAGAUUGUCAAUUCUGAUCAUCUCAGCAAAGGAGGCAGGGUGGGGGCAGAGCCAAAUGCCACCCUAGCCAAUUCGCAUCUCCUCAUAGAGAUGCAGUAAAUAGAUGCAUCUCUUUGGGGAUUGUUCAGUGUCUACAUGCAGAGUGUUGUGCAACACUGACCCAGGAAGCACCUCUAGUAGCUGUCUAAGUGUCUGUAACUGGAUGUGUCCCUAGAUAGCAAUGUAAACACUGAAUUUUUUCAAAAAUAUUUACUGCAAAAAAACUGACUAUACUCACCAGAACAAAUACAUUAAGCUGUAGUUGUUCUGGUAAAUAUAGUGUCCCUUUAAACUAGCAAAAGCUAAAUAUAUGCUUCCUGGUUAAAUAAUUUGACACUAUUUGUUAUAGAUUACUGCAUAAAGUUAAAUAGAGUUAUCUGUCUGACUUUAAAUUUUACUUAUUUUUCCACCUUUACGUAACGGAUCGGUAAAGUAAGUCUUAAUUGACUUUGCUUUUCACGAUUUGAAUUCUGUUCGUUAAUUGUGUUCCUUGGAAUCUCUGCUAGAAAACGUACCUUAUUGUCCAUUCCUUAUGCAAUUGUUUCACUAAUUCAGGCUAACCGUAAAAAAAGGAGAAGCUGAUGUGCCAUGUCCAAUGCAAUGCUGGGAUUACAUGGAAUGUAUUUCACCUUUUUGAAAAUCAUUGCCCUUCAGCCAAAAAACUGUGUUUUGCGAGAACGCUGGUUUUGGUUAGAGUAAACUUGCUAUCCUGGUCACCCCCUCUCAAACAAAUAAAAGCAAAAGCUCCAAAGUGUGCCUCUGAUCUUGUGCCGAGGCCAAAGUCCACCUGCAGCCCAAUCCUCUUCCACUGACGUGACUCGUUUUCCCUGUUGGAGGAGGGAUGUAUUGAAGGAUAUUGGUGGCAUGGAUGGGUGUGGGGAAUGCCUACGUUGUAUGCUUGUCUCCAGCAUGCUGUGCAUGCUGACAUCAGACAUCUGAUAUGUACAGAAUUUAUAUAUUUUUUUUUUCGGCCUGGAUAAUGAUGUUCCAAUGGCACUACUGAAGAUGGAGUUACACCUCCUACAUGUAGAGCAUUUCAUAGCAAUUUGCUGCACGUAGAGACUCCAGGCACCAUGAUAAUUUUAAAUCACUGAAGUGGUCAUGGUGAUUGAAGUAAUCUUUUAUGUGCUUAGAGAAAUAAAAUCACUGUGGUAAUGCACUGGGUUCAAGUCCUAUAUGACUGCCGUUAGUUCAUUGGAGGUAGUGAUGACAUUACCUGAAUGUUAAUGAAAGAAAUGCAUGUAUAUGGAAUGCUGAAUACUCUGUGUACUUAGAGUACAGAACAGAUAUGCUUUACUUGGAACUGUAAAGAUUCCAAGGCAUCAAAGCUAGCAGCACAUAACUGUAGCAUGUGCUGGACAAAGACAGGAUUGGAGUGGUGUACUUGUGAAAUGGUAUGACUAGUUCUGAUCUGGUGGUAGCGGCUCUAUAAGGCACUAUUGUCACGGUGCUGGAAAUUCAUAGUAGACACAGGAUAUUGGAAAUUCAGAUGUUUUAGAAAUUCCGUUAUGAAUGAAAUCUUUGCAUACACAGUGGUUUACAAUAUAGUUUUCUUGGUAAACUGAUUAAUUAAUGUUGAUUUUCUAAUAAUGAUUUGUGCUGGAUGGAAUUGAUGAAUUAAUUCUGGUUUUGUUUUUGUUAGCAGAUCCUCCAGUUGCAGCUGCAGUUGUAUCUCAUUUUAACGACUGCCCAGAUUCCCACACGGAUUUUUGCUUCCACGGGAGCUGCAGGUUUUUAAUACAGGAGGCAGUCCCAGCCUGUGUGUAAGUAAUAAUUUUUACUAAACUAAAACCUAACUGUGAUCUCAGCUCUCAAAAAUGCUGACAGACAGACUAUUACAUAUCUCACUAUUCUAUCGAUCUUUGCUUGCGUUUAUCAUUUCUUUUGCUGUACAGAUAAUUCCUAUCACCUGAGCACUCAGCAUUUCAUAGAUUUUUGUUCUUGUCAGCUCGUCUGGAUUUAUUUUAUUAAACUCGAAACAUUGGGAAGCAAUGACAAUUUGGCAAAACAUUGAUUUUAUUUGUUCAACUGAAUAAAUUGAGACAAGCUGCAAAACAUGGGUUUGAUUGUGUUGGUUUUUCUUUUUGUGUUUAUUUUUUUUUAUUAUUUUUGCUUUUUGGGAGGGUGGUGGACAUGGCUUUUUUUUAAAUUAAUUUUUUACCACAAUUCAUUGUUUAGCCAACAUUUCUCCAUGUCUCACAUAUGUGCACCCCAUAGUUUUCUGCUUAUUUUAUUUAAUUCUAAUGAUCCUUUGGUUGGGACAUGCAGCCCGACCACAUACACUGGUCCCUAAUUGAAAUCUAUUAAAAUCUUACUUAUCUUUUAAAGUGGAAUGGUUGUUUGCAAUUUGUAAAUGUAUAAUCCAGUUGAUGGAAAAUUCUGUGACUAACACCAAACUUUGAAUACGUUCAAGCAAUGUUAUAACACACAUUAACAGUCUGUCAAGAUUAAACCCAAAAUGGCCUCCUCAAAAGCCAGUUUUUUUGUAAAUGGGUUUAAAUGAAUGAAUAACAAAAAUGUUACAGGUGCAGAUAUCCUAGCUUUGGCAAGUAAGUGCCGAAUGGACGUGUCUAUGAUGCGGAUUGUGUCAUAAUGACAUGCCCUUUCGUAAAGAGAGCACUUUAUCCCAGUACACCAAUCAGGGUAUGCCAGUACCUACUAACGCAUUCAUGUAUGAGUUUAAAUGUCCUGAAACAUCCUUUUAAAAAGUGCAAGAUUAACGCAAUUAGCAGUAACAGUCUUAGCCAAUCUAGUAGUUGUAGCUUUUCCUAAGAUUUAUGGCAAAACUGUUUCAGUGUCAACGUGCUCAAAUUAGAUGCCCUCAUUUACACAGGUUGUCUUAUCUCUGUGGAAAACUGGUUCAUUUAUUCAAAUUCCUUCGUGAGUUGCCUAUCACGUUGCUCUAUAUAACACAGAGAGACCUCUGUCUUUAAAGCAUAGACUUAUCAUUUCACAAAUACUUCAUUCACUAACAACAAAGCAUACAAUAGGAUAUUUGUAUCUGUGAAUGAUCCUCUACUACCAGCCGGCACUUUUGAAGUUUGAAACGGUAUCGAAUGACUCAUUGAGAAACAUAAAGGUCUGAAUUUGCGUAUGUUCUACCUCACAAUGAAGAAUUUAUUUAAAAGCAUUGUAAAGGUAACAGUGAGUUAUCUAACUUCAUUUUAGUUUGUUUUUUUUCUUCUUGAACUGCUGUUUGUCAUAGCAAAUUAUGAACUUUAGACUUGCUGCCUUUUCCACACUCUUCAGAACACCACUAAUAAAAACCGCAUAACCUUCGAUUCUAUUGUCAACGGGGAAAUACUUACCUGGAUUGAUAAAAUUCCAAGUGAUUCCAGGUCAUUAUUUAGUUAGUGACGCAAAUGGCCUGUUAGGAAUGCUGGUAUCUUAAUAUUAGAACUUCUAAAUAAAUAAAUGCUAAUUUUGCAAGUGUAGGUGAGUAUACACUAAUUAAUUGUAGGGCAAGUAUAGACCUCUAUACCAAUUCCAAUGGAAAGGUGAAAAUGUUAUCAUGAUUUCUGAUUUAUUUAUUGUUACUUGGAAUGGAAUCCUUCAGUUUUCUUUUAAUAAUGGGUGUAUUCUCUCCCUUAUCUCUUCCAGACAGGCAAGGACAUAAAACUUAGGAGCAUUAAAGUUAGGCCAUCUUCAGAUCAGGCUAUAUUUAACUUCUUAUGUUUUAAUGAGCUCUAGUUCCCAUUACCGCACCCAAUUUAGAAUAUGAAUAUAUACUGAUCAUUUUUUGUAUGUUUGAAGAGGCUUUAAAAAGCCCAGUGGGAUAUUUUCAGUAGAAGCAAUCGUAUUUGUAAUGCAUUUUAUGUACAUUCUAUAGUAUAUGGUAUAUAAAGAGCAUUAAGACCAAGUUAUCUGUCAUAGCUUUUGGGCAGAAAUGCUUUCCCCCAGUCUCAUUAGAAAUGUGAUAUAUAUAAUGUGUGUGUGUAUGUAUAUAUAAUGUAUUAAAUUUUGCAUAUGCUCAGUGCAGGAGAUACUAGACACCUAUUGCCUUGAGCACUGAUACUGUAUACAUUUCGUGCUGAGUUUUCAUUUCCCUCUUAGCCAAAUCAAAUAACUGUAAUUAUCGAUAGAACCAUCUGUAAUAUGCAUUAUCCUGUCUCUCUGUAGCUGCCUGCCGGGCUAUGUGGGCACACGCUGUGAGCAUGCUGAUCUACUAGCAGUUGUGGCAGAAAAUCAGAAAAAACAAACAAUUACAGCACUUGUGGUGGUAUCGGUGGUAGCAACAGCAGUCCUUGUUUUGGCCUGUGUUUUAAUACAGUAAGUAUAACAUUUUAAAAGAGGUUUUGCACAGACCACCUUACUAACUAUCUGGGAUAAAUACUACCUUACUAUACUAACUACCUUACUAACUAUCUGGGAUAAAUGUAAGGUGCACGGUCAAAAAGUUCCGAUCAUUUGAAAAUGGGCAGUGUGUGGUUAUAAGCGAGCAUGAAACCUUGUGACCUAUUUAAAGACUUGUUGCUUUAACCCCUUAAGGACCAAACUUCUGGAAUAAAAGGGAAUCAUGACAUAUCACACUUCAUUUGUCCUUAAGGGGUUAAAGGUUCCUAAAAGUACCAUGACCAGAUCGGUAUUUACAAGUGAUCAUGGUGCAAGCAUUUUGUAUAUGUCAUGUUUCUGUAAGACAUGCUACAAAUACAGAGAUAUUUAAUCUCCCUGCUGUAUGUGUAACUUCACUUCAGGCAACAUCGUAAACUGCUUUGAAGGAAAUUUUGUUGCGACUGCAAUAAGAAUCGAGAUGCAUAUCUUUGAAGCAUGUCUUUUUUUAGAAGCAUUUAAUAAAUAUAAAUAAAUAUUUCUAGCGACUGUGUCUAUCCUUUUUAUAUAAUUUAUUUUGCUUUGUAGUGGCCUAAGUAGCAAACAAAUACAGCAAGGAUGUACUCUAUAAGUGCCCUGGCUAACAUUUCCUGGGUUAUAGUACCCGCUUCCUGAUGGCAACAAGUGGAUUUUGUUCACAGCCUGGAAUCCUAUGCAGGAGACCUAUUUAAAAUCUCUUGUAUUGAUUGGGAUAAAUUUCAAGCAUCCCUAAAUGCAUGAUCAUUUAACUGAUUUUCUAGCUUUAAAAUAACAUUGUCUGACCCAGGUAAAUAUCCUGCUAUGUUUGCAUAUGCAAAAUUGAAAUGAGUGUUACAAAAUAACUAAAUCCUACAGUUCUUUGCUCAUUGCUUUAUGUUGUGUUUCCCAGCUGCUGCAGGUUGAGAAAACAGUGUGAGUGGUGUCGAGCACUGUUCUGCAGACAUGAAAAACCAGGAUUUCUUAAAGGAGGAGCAUCCUGCUGCAAAACAGAAACUGGUAAGAAAAUCUAUAUAUCCGCUCUGGUGCAUCCCAUACUGAAGUGGACCUAUUAUGUGUGUGUUUAUAUUUAACAAUUCAGUGUAUAUAUAGUGAAUACUGUGCGCGCAUAGAAGGGGCAGGACAUACCUUUUGCCAUGAGCAUGAUACAAUAGAGCAGGUAUUCCGGUAAUACAUUUUGCAAUGAGGCAAAGACAGGACGCUAUAAAAAAACAAUGCAUUGGAGGACAUCUGAGUAUAAAACAUUAAUUGUGGAGCAGUAGCAAGCAAUGACAGUAAAGCCGUAGAUUGCGUUUUAUGAAUGAGUUGCGUCAGCCCUUCAAUAUAAAAACAAAUGGAUUAUCUCCUGUAAUUUCUUUUUCUGAAAUAAACGUGAAUUGUGACAUUUUUACACUGAUUUUUCCAUAAGUAUUUCUUUAUACAACCUGCCACAUGUACUUGAUACAAAGUAUGCUUGAAGCACAAUGUUCUUUUAGAUGAAGUUUAGAAGUUAGGAGCAUUAGAGGGUGAAAAGGGCACUUUAAACUAAAAGCUGUGGCUGCAUGCCAAAUUUAGUUUAAAAAAACCCAAAAAAAACUAAAAGCAGUAAACACUGAACAGAAACGUUGAAAGGUUACAGUAUCCAAAAGCAGGAGGGAACGUUAAACGGCCAAGAGGAAAAUAACGCUGUCAUUGUGAGGCUGAGGGAAUGGGGGACUUGGACAAAGAUACUCUGUGUCUUGUGGUUCUAGGUAAGGCUGAUUAAAUGUUCCUCUCAUGGUGCUGAUAGACUACACUUCCCAUGAUCCUCUGACAAAUAUAUGUUCACAUUGUUAAAAAUAGUAAACAAAAUGUAUUAUUGCAAUAGACUUGUCCUUUCAGUUUCGGACAAAUUGUGAAUUCUGCAACUCUGAAAUCUCACAUGGAAAUCUUAAAAAACAAACAAAACUGGUAAUGAAUGAGCCGUUUCGUUUGUUUCAUAAAUCAGAACUCUGUCCUUCAGCACUAUGAGGGUUAAGUGAUGCUUGCUAAAAUGUUAAAAAUAAAUAAAUCAUAAUGCCUAUAUGGGUCAAUAUGACCCCUAUAUUAGUGUAAGUGAGGUACAAUACCUCCCUUAAAACCCCAGCCACCCUGCCACAGGUAGGGGCUGACUACUAAACAGUGAGCAGCCAACGAGUGCCCACUGCAAUUAAAAACAAGCAACUGGACACUGAGAAAGGCACAUGCCAUGAUGAUUGGGUCUGUAAAAUAUCAGGGGAGCUUAAAAUUAAGUAAUAACCUAUAGCAAGUGGUUGGGAGUUUUAUAGAAAAACAUGUGCCAGGGUACACCAGACACUAUAAGUAGUUAAAUGUGAUUUAGCAGCUAUUAUGUCUAUACUGUCCAUUUAAGAGCAAUUUUUAAGUCUUGGUACACGUUCUACAAUUGAUUGAAGUUGGCUAUGAUAUUCUAGGCAUUCACAUUCCUGUCAGGAGCUCCAAAGGGAGGUUUAUUUGAUGUUUGGAUAAAGAUCAUCUCCUUUAAUUCCUAAUCCUGCUUUUCUCUUUGCAGUGGUCUGAAAGAGCACAGCAGGUCAGCAUGGCAAUUCCCAGCACUUCAGCUGCAGAGCAAAUUCUCAGAGCAUCCUAAGCACAAUAGGCCCUAUAACUUUCUACUCGGUUCUUUCUCUGAAUCUGGGCCACGUUUUCUGAACGGGGGACACACUACUGUCCGUGCAGAAGUGAAAAUGUUUGUGAAUGUGUCAUGCGCAAUAUGAAGCAGAGGAGAAAAGAGAAGGACUUAACUUCACUGUGGAAUGUACAAUCUAAUGAGAUUUCAAAGUCUCUGUAAGGGAAUACAGAGUAUGUCCAGGAUACAAAAGACAACGAUAACCAGACAAAUCUGUGUCAGGAAUAUUUUGUUACAGGAGCAUUGUCAUUGAGUUAGAUCUUAAACUUUCACUGCCCCAGAGGUCCACAUCACAUUGUAAAUUGACUUGUUGCAGGACUGGCAAGCAGUGAAAGGGUUAAUAAAUAUAUAUAUGCAUAUACAUAUUAUUUUUAUUUUUGAGACCGAAAAAAAAGUGUUUAUUGUAAUGGACCAUUAUAAUAUAUACCAUGCUGCUAGCAUUUCAGUAUAUAUAAAUAUAUACACAGACAGCCUGGUAUUCAUAGCCAAGGAAAUCACUUUCAUCAUCCGGCCAUGACAAGGACAAUUUUUAUUUUGCAUUUUGAUUUGUUUGUUUCUAGCCACAAAAUUACCUGUACAGUGCAUUAGUGUUAAUGUUAUUUUACUUUACCUAAAGUCCAGUUACAGGCAGCCUACACAGUAACAAUUACAAUACUUCAUUAGAAUUUAUUUGCCUGCUCCCUACACCACAACCAAUUUUUAUUUUUUUUAAUUGAAAAACAAAAACAAACAAAAAACCUGUAGUUUAGAGACCGUAAUGAGACAGCAAUACUUCAAUAUACAUGUUUCGAUGUAGAAGUGCACAUCUAGACAUGUUUCAUUUGUAAAUAUGUAUGUUAAAUUUUGGAGCACGACCUUUUCAGUUGUCUUGGAUAUUGCACCAUUUUCCUGGUUUGGCAAAUGGAUCUCUCCAACCCUGACUAAUUUAAAAGAAUAAAGAAUUGAGUGUUUGUGCAUGUGUAGUUGAGGUGGGACAGAUGGGUAUCUUUGACAGCCAACAUGGCUGUUUUUUUUUUUUUAAAACCUCAAAGUAUUGAGAGCUAGUUUCACUUUUCUUGUUCCAGGAAGUGCACUUUUAUAGCAUCAGAUAUUGUUGCCAUUAAUUUAUUCUUAUCUUGCAUUUUUGGAUUAGUGAUCAUGUUGUGAAAUGGCAAAUAACGAGUUGGUAUACAGAAUUGAUAUUAAAUAGGAAGGGUUUGUCUUUGCCGUCAGCAUUCAUUACCAACUUUGAACAGUUAAGCCCUAUAAAAUAUAUAUAUGAAACCAAUCUAUAUAUAUGUAGCUGAACUUUUUAUAAUGUACUUUUAUAUAAAAUCCAUCUAUACUAAGGCAUUGCGGAUUUAAAUAUGUUCUAUGGCAUUAUUUAGUGGAAGAUGUCCUAACCCAACUCAGAGUUAAUCUCUAAUGUGAGAAUGCAAAGUGAUAGUCAAAUAUAAAACCAACGUAGGAAUUGGAAGCAUAGCAUGCUUAGAGACAUUUUCCAGAUCAGCUAUUUGGCCUUAAAUUUGAAAUUCACUUUGAAUUCUCACUUUAGCUAAAAACCUUAACUGUGUUUGUACAGAAAUAAUUCCUAAUAGAAUUGAUCAGAUUUAACUUUUUUCUUUUUGCAGCUGACAAUGAUUAUCACACUCAGGGGCGUUGCUCUGUUCAAAAUUUAACUGGGGCUGGAGUCCCAAGCAAAACUUGACCUCGCUCUAAAAGCUUGCCCCUAACCCCUCUCCAUCUCCUGCCCUUAAAGGACAACUGCCAUCAAAAUUUUACUUCUCAUUAUUUUUUAAACUUCUUGCAGUUAAUGAAACGUAAUUAUAUUUUUGAAAUUAUGUAUAUUAAUACUUUUUAUUUAUUUUUUUUAAAGAGAAAAUUUCACUUUAUCUCUUUAUUUCUCAGCCUGACUUGCCUGCUGCUGCAGUUUCACAUAGAGCGCAAUCAGAGUUUCAGACAGUUCGUCUUGUAGUAUUCAGGCGAGAACAAAACCACGGUGGCAGUUCUAGAUGUGUGUGGGAUAUGUAAAUUCCAUGGAUAAACUGCAAAAUAAUUCUGCAUUUCUGCUUAAUACAGCAGCAGCAGCUCAGCCAAAUCUUUAAUCUUUUCAAACCCUUAACAUUGAACUGGACGGAGUCUGUCUACAGUGCGUUCGGGAACCAAGUUCGAUCAGUUGUUUGGGUCUAGUGAAUCUGUAAGGGAUUGUUAAAAUUGUAGGUUCUGGAUGAUGUAAAUGCAAAUUGUGCCCUUUUAUUUUUACAACCAGAUUCCUCCUGGUGUUUAAAGGUUUAGGACACAGUUUUGAAUGUUUUUAGUGUGGGUCACUAAGCUUUGAGCCAUGAGAACUUCAUCUUGCUUGCAGUAUCCGGUAUCUAUGGAAGUGUAAGAACAGCUGUUGUGUGUGCAGACAACAUAAGACUCACUUUGCAUUCUUCUGUUUGAUUUCCUACCUGAGGGUUUGUAUUCCUUCCUCAAACGGUGAUAAAUAAGUAUUUAUUUCAGUAAAACAGGUUUUGACAUGCUUGUGCAAUGCCAAUGUGAUUAAGAGAGCAUGCGGUUUAAAAACACCAGACUGUUUUAGCUAAACAGGCCUAGGCUAAACGUCAUUUUAGGAUCUCUAAAGUGGUGCAGUUGCUAUGGAAACCAGUGGAAUAUUAUUUGAUUGCUUGACUUUUAGAACUUUACUCAGAAUUGUUGUUUCUAGUUAACUUUCUAUGUGCUCAAAUGCUGUGAUCCUGGACUCCAUCCUACCAUUUUUGCAUAAUGAUAACAUUUAUUACCAGCCCUGUAUUGCUAAACCUAGUGCUGAAAACAUCAAGUAAAAAUGGAGAUUCUGGUAGGGUGUUUGAAUGGUCUCCUUGAGUGGAAAUGGCUGGGAGAGAAGCAGAUAAGGAAGUAAACUUACCUUAAGCUGUCUCUCCUCUGUACUGUCAUCGCUUUGCUGCCAUACUUCAGUUCCUGGCAAUUUCAUCUUUCAGGAGCUAUCAACACUAUUAUCCUCACACUCAUGUGCCAUGACUGUUAGCUAUUGAGAAAUGGCCUUUUGCCAAAGACUGGCUAUUACAUGAUACAAAGUUGAAAAAAUUUUUAAAUUCCAACACAGCCAAAUAGAACUUUUUCAUAAAUAUGCUAUUUAUAAACUGCCUUCUUAAGCCAAGUUUUAGCACAAAAACCUGUAACAUCAUUUACAUAUACAAACAUGUCUGGAAAAAAUAUCAUUACUUAAAGCAAUUCACUGUGUAUUUUGUGGGGGACUGCAAGACUAUCAUUGUUUUCCUGGGAGCAUAUCAUGUCAUAUGUAGCACUCACACGCUGCGGGGGUCCAAUGUAGAAAGCAUUCGUUUUUGGAUGUUGCCUUGAUUUUUCAGUUUUGCAACACUAGAAUUCUAUAUACUGUAUUGCAGAAUAUAUUAUUAUGUUGUGCCCAUUAUCAAAAAAUGAUUUGUAUCUGUGUAAACAAGGCGUAACUGGCCACAUUGAAACAUACUUUGUUUAGUUGAUUUGGAUUUCAACUUUUGCACACUUGUUAGGAAAUUAAAUCAUGACCAAGAGAUUAAAGUGCAGACUGCAAGCGUUUACUUCUAUAAACUAUGAACUGUGUAGGAGUUACAACUAUUUUAUAUCUAGAUCUUCCAUUUUGGGGACAGGUACUUGUUCAGCUGUUUCGUGGACAGGUGUUUGUUACAAUGAUAGAUUGUGUAUGAGAGAGAAAAUAGUCCAAAGGUGCUUCUUGGUGUGGAGUUCCAUGUGCAACCUAGCCAAAUACACAGGUACCCUUCAAUGGGGUGAUUGUUAUAGUCUAGAACUGAUUGGGUUAAUGGCAAAGCAAUUCUAGGAUUGUGUUCAUUGCAAUGCUACAGGCAGUCCAAAAGUAAGAUAUUGUACCAAUGAAAAUCUCAAAUGUAUGUGAAAAGCUAUAAACAUAGGUCAAUGGAAGUAGGCUUUGCUAGUUCAGCAUGACUACAUCAUUCCUUAGAAUAUAAUCAGCAGAUGCAAGAAGUCAGGAUGACGAAAGUGUUCCAUUAUAAUGCUACUAAGAAAGUAUUCUGGCAUCGUCUUUCUUGAGGGGCAUUUGUAAAGACUGUAAUCACACUAUCUUUAUAUAAACAUGUGUGUGUGCUAGCACAGUGCUUUCAAGAGUAUGUUGUUGAGCUAAAGCCUUGGAAAGUGAUUGCUAACCUGAGCCAACGAUUUAGGAGAAUCAUGAAAAAUUUAGUCUUUAAACAUCGGUAGUGCCAAGUUUAGUCUUUGUCACUCUAGGGGUUUAUGCACACUAAAUGGUGGGCUGAAAUGAAUUACUACAUUUUGGCAAAAACAAAUGAGUUUAAAAAUUGUAUUCUUAUUUUAUUUUUGCAAUUUAAUUCACCACAAUUCCUUGUUUAGUGAAUAAACCUCAAAGAUACCGGUCUGGUUAUAGGUACUCAUUUUCACUUGUAUUCUCUCAAAUAAUUUUUAUAUAAUGGUCUACUUAUAGCCCUCCAUUAAAACACGUGUGUAUAUGUGUAUACACACAAACCCUUCCACACAUACAUGUACGUACUCAAUACAUGUCAUAAAAAAAUUAUAAUGCAAACUCGACAGUACUAGUUACUAACAACAUAAUGUUAAGUGUUUUUAUAAUAUUUUUUUUAUUUUAGACUCUAACCAAUUGGAGACAUUUUUAAAAGUGGUUACGUAAAUGUAUAUCUUGCACUGAAAGAAAAGGUAAUAUUUAAAGUUUUAAUUUAUUUGUACGGUAAAUUAAUUGCAAUUUUGUGUCAAUGUGAUUGGCUGGAUAUUAGCUAUUUAAAAAGCCUGUAAUAUUAAAUUUUUUUUUUUACUCAAUUGAAUUUUGUAUUUAUUUGUAAAGAGAAUAGAAACAUGUUCAGCACAGUCUAAAGUGUCAG